AUGUGAUCCCUCCUUCUGGUGGGGCCUGUAUAAGAGACAUUUCACCAAGCCUCCUCCUCUCAUGCUGAAUGUUCAGUGAAGGAGCACGUAAACAUUACUCUUUCCCUGGCUGCACAAUGUAUGACUGCAUUGUACUUGGGGCUGGAAUCCAGGGAUCUUUUACGGCCUACCAUCUAGCUAAAUGUGGAAAGAAGACUCUGCUCUUAGAACAGGUAAAACAAGAAUAAAGGAGACUGUGCAAGGGCUGUGUCCUUUAUAGCACUCACAUUUUGUACGACUGUAACUCUAUUCUCUGUUCUAUUUCACAUGCUGACAAGGAAAUUGAUGUGAAUAGUAAUGUAGAGUCUAUAUCAGGAGCUGUAGGUUCUAUCUCAACAUAUUUAAGGAAGGGUCCUAAAACCAAGGAAAGAGCAUUAAUGUGCUCUGUAAACUUUGGUAUAAAUUUCUGUUUGUUUUCGUGAUAUAAGAUUUAUUAAAAUACGUCCAUAUGUUGCAUUACUUGUUUUAAUGUGUGCUGCUUUAAUUUUAUGCGCUAUACAAAAUUAUAUUUUAUUUCAUAGCCAUUCUUCCUAAAGGUUCACAGAAGUUCAGUUUAGUCGUUAAUUAGCUUGCAGUGUAGCGCUGUCUCUACAGUUUGCAAUUUAUCUAAUUUACAACUUAUCUAACUUUAACAUAGCCGUAACUGAACUGGGACUAACCUCAACUGGUAAUCAAUUAAACAACAGAAUGAGGCAGCCAAAUAAAAUGAUGAAAGUACAACUAGGGAGCCAUCAGUAAGCCAUCAGUAAACAACCAGUAAACAUUAAAAAUUAAAGGGACACUCCAGGCACCCAGAUCACUUCUGCCCAUUGGAGUUAACCCUGCAUGUGUAAUUAUUGCAGUUUUUUUAAACUCCAAUAAUUACCUUGCAGGGUUAAGUCCUCUUCUAGCCCCACUAGAGGGACUUCCAUGUUCUUAGAACAUGAAAAGUGUUUUAAACGACGCUGGACUUCCUCACGCUAUGUGAGGACCUCCACCGUCGUCAAAAUCCCCAUAGGAAAGCAUUGAAAAAUGCUUUCCUGUGGGGAAGUCUAAUGCGCGUGCGCAACCAUUGCCGCGCCAGCCGGCGGGGGAGAAUAGGCAGAGCCUGACCCAGAGGCGAGGGACAUUGGCGCUGCACUCAGGUAAGUCACUGAAGGGGUUUUAACCUUCAGCAACAUGGGAUGGGGGUGGUCCUGCAAUGCCAGGAAAGCAAAUAUGUUUUCCUGGCACUGGAGAGUCCCUUUAAACUGCAAAUACUAAAAAAGUAGAUGUAUGCCUCCCAGUGAUUGGAGUUAUAUUGCUGGAACUGUGUAAGCUGAUUGAUUGUUUGAUCACUCAAUUACUCAUAUUGAAGUUAUUUUUUGUCUAGGCCCUCCACAAAAAUCAGUUUUUUUAUAUUUUAUUCAAAAAUAUAUUUAUUUAUAUUUAUUCAAUAAAAUCAUUUAAAAUACAGCAAUAACAUCACUGGUCAUUAAGAAAAGAAAAGAAAAGUUAAACAAAUAAAACAACAAUUUUUGAACAUGGAGUAUAUUAACAUUCAUUCUCCAACAUUUUUUUAUGACUGUGAUGUAUUGAGUUUAAAUCAACACAUUUAAACCGUACAUUAGGUCACACAUUAUUUAUUAUCCUGUAGUUUUUUUUUUCAAAACGUUUAAGUAACACACUUAGAUAUACGUUGGUAUAUAAGGCCUAGGGAGAUUCGCUUGGAACAUUGGUAAUAGCCCUGCUCCAUAAAUAUAGUGAUUGGUGUAUAGAUUGGGGAAUAUUGAUACAAAAUGUGGCCAGAAAUUUGGGGAACAUCUGGCUGCACAUUUACCUUUGGGGUUAAGGGCCCUUAUGUAUUUAACAUUUGUAUUCUUCUGUCUUUUGCAAUGGUACCCGUCACUUUAUUAUACUUUUUUGGCCUGAGUGCAAGGAAUUUCUAUAUUUUAUAUAUAGAAAUGUAGAUUAGAACAAGUAGAUUGGCAAUUCUUUGGUGCUUUAUUAACAUGGGGGCACAGUAUUUAGUAUUUUUUCUCUGGUAACAAAUGAUGAAUGAAGUGGACUGCCACUCAGUACAUAGUUACAUAGUUACAUAGCUGAAAAGAGACUUGUGUCCAUCAAGUUCAGCCUUCCUCACAUAUGUUGUUGCUGUUGAUCCAAAAGAAGGCAAAAAAAAAACUAGUCUGAAGCGUACCUCUAAGUAAAUGGGAUAAUCCCUCCAUCUCCGCCCCAUCACUGCAAAAGGGAUGGGAGACAGGGGAGAACAUAUACUGGUACAUCCAUGGUUAUUAAGACCCAUGUGAAUCUCCAUUAGAUUUUUUAAAUAAUUUUUUUGGAAGCAAUCAUUGCUCCUACCGGAUAAAUGGAGGGUUUGAGAUCCCAACGCCUUUUACAUCUUUCAAUUAUUCUAUAUAAUAAUGCAUGUUAAUUGCUUCAUAAGAAAACUGUUGUAUGCUCUCCUCUGCAGAAUGCGUGAAAACAUGCAGAAUAUUCAUACAGUUUUCUGUUAUGUAAUGACAAAGGUCCAAAAAACUAUUGUAAUAUACAAACAAAAGAGGGAAGACUUUUCAGACUAUCUUUAAAACGCUUAAAAGGAACACUACAAUGUUAGAAAUAAAAACCUAGAAGCACCUCUAGUGGCUGUCAGUAUGACAUUCACUAGCGGUGGAUUUAACCCUGCAAUGUAAAUACUGCAGUUUCUAUGGGUUAAAACGACAGAGAUUACGUGGUCUGGGUGACUCAAGUGUCCCUUUCAUAAAUUGUAACAUGUUGAACACUUUUCAGAUCACUUAGAUAAAUCCCCACAUAGUGUCACUCUGGCAUGCUAUAACAGAUAAUAAGAGAUUGUAAUUUGCCAAAGCUUCCAAAAUCCUUGUUCAAGCUCUGUCCAUAACUCAGACAGUCGCAGAGUCAAAAUAUAUAUUUUUUUUAUUGCUACUUUACUUAAAUAUUAAAUAUUUAAUUUUAUCUAUUUCCAUGUAAUGAAAAAGUUGGUAAGUGAAGUGCAGAAAACUACCAGUUGCCCAAUUCACCUUACAGUAAUUGGAGGUUUUAAAAUCACAAAUUUUUAUGAAAAAAAUUACAUUUUAUAUUUGCCGUAGAAGCCUGCUUUGAAUUUCAAAGUAAUAUAUAGCUUAUAACGGAGUUAACAUUUCUGUUCAUUUGAAUAUUCAGGCCUUUAAUACUUAAUGUGGAGAUGGAACAGAUAUUUUUAGAUUUCCAUUAUAAAAUAGUUAAUUAGAAUUCUUCAAGGUUAUACAUUUAAUAUUUUUUUUAGAAAUACAUAAGUAUAACUGUGCGGUGGCAGGUGUACGUUAAUUACAGAGAAAGAUUUAUAUAUACUUUCAUGUGAAUAUUUGUAGAAAAAAAAUGUUUGGGAACCAAAUAUCCUCUUUUAAUGGAAAAGUAUAUGAAAUUUCACAUCGCUUUAUUAAAAUCAUUUGAAUCCAUGACUUAUUGUCAGAGUACCAUGUGGACUGCCAUGUGUCUUGGUAGUCCAGUAGCCCAUUCCCCUGCCUUCAUCCAUGGCCAAUCUCCCAAAAUUCUCAAGAUCCAGUGUCCUUAUUUACUCUACAUCCAGUUCUCAGUUUACUCCAGAGCCAGUCUCCAGUUUUCUCAAAGUCUUGUGUCCUAGUUUGUAUCGAAAAGUAUAUGUGAACUACCACAUUUCUUUAUUAAAAUAAUUUGAAUCCUUCUGGACUUCAUUUUAAGAUGAGACGAAAACAUCCCUAUACAACCCAUGCUGUAUUGUCAUGAGUAUGUUAAUACUGCACAUGUAUUUUAUUAGUCCAGCGCACAUUCUCCUACCUUUCUCCAUGGACAAUCUCCCAAUACACUCAAGAUCCAGUCUCCUAAUUUGCUCUCGAUACAGUUAUAGACAACCCACCUUCCUAUCCAGUUUAUUCCAGAGCCAAUUUCCAGUUUGAUCCAAGGCUGGUCUCACGGUUUGUUCCCUGAUUGGACAUUUUUAUUGAAUACUAUAAUUAAAGUUUUUUUAUUAGUCCAUCAAAAAACAGGGGCUGACAUAUUGAAAUAAAAAUAACCACAGAAGAACUCAACAUGAUUUUCCUCGCCAAAAACAUGCUUUUGACUUGAAUGUAGAAAUGCCCUCCUGAGUGAAUUAGCUGGAUAACAAGGGUAUCCAUUUUUGCAAAUGGAAAUGUCCACAAAUUGCUUUUCAGCAGAUAUGUUCUCAAACCUUUAUGCAGUCAUAUAUCUAUUGUAAUGAAAGAUAAGUAGAAGAAUCUGUAUUAUUAAUGUUAGUGCUAUUUUACUUAAAAGCAGGGAUUUUAAAAUAAAUAACUUUAUACUUCUCAAUAUCUUUAAGUAACCCAUUGCAGAUAUAUACCAUCAAGUAAAAUGGAGCAGGAAGACAAGGCAAAUGGUACCAUAAAUUACAUUGAGUACGGGAAAUUGCACAAAUAAGGACUUCAAAAUUAACAGAGGAAAUAGACAUUGCUCGUAGGAUCACUUCUCCUAGAAUAAAUUCAUUUUGCAGUCCAGCCAUGCUUUUCCCAUUUUUUAAAUCAAUAUUGCAAACCAUUGCCAGGGAUAUUUGCCGAAAUUAAAACAGUCAACAUGAAUAAUUUUUUCAACUCUGUUAUUUUCACCUAAAAUGUGUAAUUCACUCACUUGAAUAUGCAUUGACUUUGCAGCAGUUCAUACUUAAUGGAAUGUUCCUGCCUAUAUAUAUUUUUUUCUUCUUUGCCUUUGAAAUAACAAGAUUGAACGUUGGAAACUGUGAAAGUUUGAACUUUGGCACCAAGGCUUUCUUUUUUCCAGUUUUCAAUUACUCAUUUCUGUUAUUAAGUGUACUUUGCCCUUUGUGCUUCAAGCAAAGAGCAUAGUUGGAAAAAGUAAAAGAACACAAAUGCAUUGGGUGGUAUAUUUCUUUAGGAAAGCUUAUGGCCUCCCAGAGUAACCUCUACUUUAUAUACCUGUCUCUUACUCUCUCCUAAAGGGCAACACUCUACUCUCUCCUUCGGCUCUGCUUCACUCCCAUCUUAUUUGGUUGCUAUUUCCUGUCCUAAUGUGUUUAUACCCCACCUCCUAUAGAUUGUAAGCUCAUUUGAGCGGGGCCAUCUGCAACCUAUUGUUCAUGUAAGUUUUCUUGUAAUUGUCCUAUUUAUAGUUAAAUUCCCCCUCUAAUAAUAUUGUAAAGCGCUACAGAAUCUGUUGGUGCUAUAUAAAUGGCAAUAAUAAUAAUAAUAUAACAGCGGAACAAGUGAAAUGUAUCAGUCUAGCUCUCUCUGGUCAUUUAGGUACCACUAUCAACCAUCACGGAUUAAAGGACCACUAUAGUUACCCAGACCACUUCAGCUCAAUGAAGUGGUCUGGGUGCCAGGUCCCCCAGGUUUUAACCCUGCAGCUGUAAAUAUAGCAACAUUGCAGGGUUAAUCCCGCCUCUAGUGGCUGUCUUCAUGACAGUCGCUAGAGGCGCUCCUGCGAUGCUCAAUGCGAAAAUCACAUUGAGCACGCAGAACGUCCAUAGGAAAGCAUUUUUAAUGUGCGCGUGGCUCUGGCCGCGCAUGUACAGUCGGCUCCACUCGGGUGCUGACGUCGGCAGGGGGAGGAGAGUUCCCCAGCACGUAGGGACCCUAGUGCUGGAUUAAGGUAAGUGGCUGAAGGGGUUUUAACCCCUUCAGCCCAGGUGGAAGGGGGCCCUGAGGGUGGGGGGGACCUAAGGACAGUAUAGGGCCAGGAAAACUAGUUUAUUUUUUCUGACACGAUAGUGAUCCUUUAAGGGAUUUUUAAACAUUAUCUAUGCUAGGAUAUAUAUAUUUGUAAUUCUGUGUGCCAGGAUAUAUUUAUAUAUCUAAUAACAGCAUAGCAAUCUAACAAUCUAUUUUAUUGUGAAAGAUUUGAUUCUUCCAUGUAUUUGCAAUUCUUUAAUCAUAAUUACAGGUGACACCCUUAAUAUCGCAAAGAGCGCAAUUUAAUACUAACCACAGAUGCAUAUUUGCAAAAUUUCAGAUAAGAUAAUAUGCUAUUGUAAAAUAUAAUGUGCAAAAAAAAAAAAUGUCAAACACCUUUAAUCUAAGUCCAUUUUAUUCUACUGUAACCUUCCUGUGCCCUCUGCACCUGCCAAAAAAAAGUCCUAAAACCUUACUAUCAAUGGUGUCAAGUUAAUAUUACUAAAAAAAAAAUAAAAAUUAAAAGAAUUGAAAAUGUUCAACUAGCUUUUGCAUUAAUUUUUUUUUUAUUUUUUUAGCUGAAUUUUGACCAGCUGAACUCUGUGAACAGGUUGGCUAGUCAAAAUGGAAUUAAAAAAUUAUGGGACGUGUGCAAAAUUGUUUGGACGUUGACAAAAUCUAGAUCAACAUUGAGAGAGAAUGAAUAUUUUUAAAUCUUUAUCUCAUUAGCGACUGGUUAGAGCAGUAGUAAUGUCACUGCUAUAGAACUGAUGAUCUUGGGGUCAAAUCCCAGUCUGUCCACCUUAGCAGUAAGUAAUGUCUAAUUGUAAGGGAUAUGUUGGUGCUAUAUAAUUGCUAAUGGUUAAAUGCUCUUAUAAUAUAUGAAUGGUUUUGAACUUUUUCAAAAUGAUUUAAAAGUCAAAGCCACUCAAAGCGAAAUGUAUCAGCUCCCUAAAAACCUUAAAUUGCUUAAACUGUUUCAAACCGUUAAAAGGCUUAUCAGGAGCCGGUAAAUUUCAGUUCACAUGGAUUCAACUUUCAGGUCAUUUUAACUUUCAAAACUAUUCAUAUAGUCUUAAAUUAGUAAUAAUAUAUUAUUUAAAGCAUUAAAAGGCUUAUCGGAACUGGUGUGCUCAAGGUGGUUAUUGUCAGAGAUUGGUCACCUGAUCACAAGUUAAGAAAUGGAGCCAGGGAGUAGGCUUGCCUGUAACUUUAAAACUGGUGAUUCAUAACCCUUCCGGCUACCUAAUUUUAGAAGAAGUCUUAAGGUCAAAGCCAGUAUUAUAUUAAGAAAUAGGGUUAGAAUAAGAUUAUGGGGUUAUGCCAAAUUAAUCCUUAACCAUUAAGUUUAAUCCUAAAACACUAAAUGUAACUCCCUAUGCUCUAGCAUUGUGAAUGUAGCCAAUCUGCCAUUGUAAAAACUUAGUGAUCUAGCAAAUUUUUUUCGUCAUUGCGAUUCUUAGAUUUGAGUCAUUGCGAUUCUUAGAAUUCAUCUUGAGUUGUUUUACCAAUCUCAUUUCAGUUUCCCCUGCCUCAUACCAGAGGAAGCUCUCAUGGACAAACGCGAAUCAUCCGCAAAGCCUACCCAGAAGAUUUCUACACUAACAUGAUGCAGGAGAGCUAUCAGCUGUGGGCAGAAUUGGAGAAAGACUCAGGAACCAAAUUAUACAGGUAAAGAACCCUUAUGCAUCAACUCAGAAGUGAGAACUGCAUGGAAUUCAAAGCUGUGUUUUAAAGAAAUCGUAGCCUUCAUCAAACAGAUUGAAAAUGCAACCCAGUGUAUUAUAUAUGAUGGGUUAUCUAGACAUUAUUCAGAUAUCAUUAAAUUCCUUGUGAAACAUUAAACUAGUUUUAAAUUUCAACUUUAACCACUCUUAGCAAGCCCAUUGGAUAUCAACUUAUGUCCACCUUAGCCCGACUACUUUGAAGACAACAAAAAAGGUGCAGUCCAACAAAAGAAUUGUAAGUGUAAAUCAUAGUUCUAAAUAUGCGUGGUGGAUUCUGGAUACAAGAAAGCUAUGAAAAAUAAAGUUUGCUCCCCAGACUAAAUUCAAGAACAAAAUCUGGAAUUUCAUAAUUGUAUCUAAAAUAAAAUAAAAAAUACCACAAUAAUCAAAUCCACCAAUGUGCUGCAUUUCGGAGACUAGAAAAUCUAUAUUUUGGGUCUUUAGGACUUACCAUUAACUAUGAAAGAGCUGACAAUCACUCCUUGUUUUCGCACAUCCCAAUUUCAGAGGGUUAAUAUUGCUAAGUAGGCACCAUGAUUUCCUCAAACUAACUUUUUAACCCACUAUUGGAAACUGUAGCAUGGGUGUGGAAAUGUAACGGGCCAAGGAAUUCUUAACACUUUAGCCCACUACAAUGCGAUUCUCAAAUCAACUGGUUUACUGUUCAUCCCCUCAACUGGUCAUUUACUAGAUUGGUUGAGGGGUUCGGGAAUUUCCUGGAAGUCACUUAUUUGACCGACCGCACACAUGGUCUUAUGCCCAAAACAGUUCCACAGUUUUAGAGGUAGCGGUCGACCUAUUUCAGGAGUUCUAAACUGAACAAAUCCACAAACUGUUCCCCUGGCUCAUGGGUAGCGUUUGCUCCCCUAGUUCGUGGGAACAAACCUGCCAAAUAGCGCUCUCCUGGCUGGGCGGUGAAAAGAAUCAGGCGUUCGCGAAGGUGGCCGGCGUUCGGGAUGUUAAGUGUCCGAUUUUAGUUCCAGACACUCGACAACCAAGUCCCACUGCCUCUUUUUGUGCAACAAGAUGGCUGCCAUUUUCUCCAGCACAUGAUGUUCUUAGUCUGCGGUUUUCUUUGUAGUUAAUGAAGCGGGGGGGGUGGGGGUGGUCAGUGUUCGAUAGUUUUAUCUAUCGAACUAGGAAAAUCAAAGUUAACUAACCAAAUUGUGACGUUUCUUCACAAGAUAUAUAUAUAUAUAUAUAUAUAUAUAUAUAUAUAUAUAUAUAUAUAUAUAGACUGGCAAUUCUCAGCAUUUAUGUGGUCUGCACCUGCACACGCUCUCCUACUGGACCACCAGGGAGGAAGUCAGCUGUACCACAGGACCACCAGAGAUCAUACUCUGCUUGACCAUCAAGGAUUAAAAACCUUGCCCCCCCUACCUCUGCAUAAAGAUAAGCAAGUUGCAGUCAACACAACACAUAAUCACACUUUGCCAACCCCAGACUUUGUCACACUCAGACAACUCUAUACUCACACUCAGCCAGCCCUCACUCACAUUCCUCUAGUUCCACACUCACAAUCACAGUCAGCCAACUCCACAAGUACAUGUCAUUCAGUGGCAGAACUAAUAUAGAGAGGGCCCUGGUGCAAGAAUUUUUUUUGGGCAUCCCUCUAGUGCAAGUGUGGCAAAACGGUAGAUCCCCAUCUGUCAUUCAACACCCACAAUGUUAUGCCAGCUGAGGAUCUACUAUAUACCCAUCCUUACAGGGUUGUAUUGAUGAGCAAUGUUUGUACAUUUAAAUGUGACCAUUUGUGUAUGGAGUAUAUGUGCACAUUUAGUAUUUGUAUGCACUGUCUGGAAUGCAUGAACGAGGUGCAUGUAUAUCAUUUUGGCAAGGUGCUUGUUUGCAAUGUUUGCGUUUGAUAACAAGGGUAUGUUUGCAUGUAGUGUUGGCAUUUGAUUGCUGGAAUGUAUGCACAUAUAUACCAUAUACUGCCACAAACAUACAUACUUACAUAAAUACAUAUAAUGACACAUUCACACACACAAAUGCACACGCAUAUACACACACUGACACAGAUGCACACAUAAACAUACUGACACAUAGAUACAUUCACACACAGAUACACAUACUGCUGACACAUACAUACUGACACAGUCACACAAACACACAGAUGCACACACAAACUGACACACAUAGAUGCAUACAUGUCAUAUUUUUAGCAUACCUUUUAUGUGCAGGUGGGUGGCAUCCUUUGGAUCCUGGUGCUGGCUGAAACUGUUUGAAGUGUGGAUCUGGGGCUGACAUUUUCCAUGCUUCUGCCUGCUCUCUGCCUUCUGCGCGGCUCUCUCCCUGUAUCUGGGAGAAAGUGACAGGCUCACACUUCCUCCCAGCAUUGGCGUUAUUACAGAGGCGCAGUCACACAGUUGGAGGACCACCGCUCCCACUUGGCCCCUGUUUAGCAAUACCCAUCAUGUGACCCUAAGUGCACAAGCUGCUCAGUGGGACUCCCAGAGUGUGUGCCUAUGUGCAGUCACACUGGCUACAGCAGCGAUAGUUCCGCCACUGAUUAUAACUAUAAGAAUUUUCUUGACUGAACUUUUUCUCGACUUCAUGAUAUCCAUUAUCUGGGAUGUUUUUGUCAUGGAAAGAUACAUUUUUGUUGACCAUGCUAUAUUCAUGACUUGCUUGUGAUUAAUAAUGUGUGAUUAAAACAGGGGCUUACUGUUACAUUUCAUUGCAUUUCAUUGUACAGAAUACAACAUGACCACAACCAUACCAACAAUAUCCAGAGGCUCUUUCAUUUUCAAGGCAUUUAAUGCCCUUUAUAUUAUAUGAAAGGUUACGGAGACACACAAUUGUAUUGCUCUAUUGUAAUGGGCUGUGCAAGAUAAUUAUUUCUCGCUACUAAGGAUUCUCACAUAAAGGACAGAGGACUCAUGCAGCCUAUCAUUUGGUAUUAAUUAUUCUAAUUCUGUCAUCCUCUUACAUCCAAAUUAACUUUUUUUUUUUUAUUAUUAUUAAUUAUCCCAGUUGGUUUCAACAGCUCUCGGAAAGCACAUACCCUUUUGUUUGGUCUACACGUGAUUUUUCCAUCAAUAUCUUUUCUGUUCUAUAGCAGACUUAUCAUCUGUCUGUAUCAUGACACACAAAGGGGGUACAAUGCUGCCUUACUGUGCCAAUGAGUUCUACACAACAGUGACCUUCAGCUGCCCUUCGUUAACUCAAGUAUUUUAUCUAAUCAUUAGGAAACAGAAAUGGAUUGGAGUCACUUGCUAUAUCAUUGCAAAAAUGUUCAUAACACUGCUUCACCACUUACAUUGUGCAGUAACAAUUAUUAUUAAAAUGUGCUGGGGUUUUUUGUUUUUGUGGUUUUUUUUUUUAUUUCUUUGCUCAUCUUGAUUAUGCAUUUCACUGUUGAAUAAUUUACUUGUUUUCUGGCUUGAAAAAAUAUUGAUGAUUUUGUUUUUUUUACCCGCAAGUCCUUCUUUUUAGAAAAAUGGCCAAUAAUAAGUAGAAGGGUCAAUCAAUAGUACUUUGCAAUGUGUGCUUCAUUUUAUCCUCUGUUAGCGAUCAGCCUAACUAGCCUAGAGCAAGCAACGUUUGCACUAGGCAUUGUACGCUUAAUAGAUUACUCUUCAGGCCUCUUUAGUUCCUUAGAGAUGGAAAAUAGAACUCAAUCACUCAUAAAGUCUUCUACUCAGGUUUAUAUUCUAAGCAAGUUGAGAAUGGGUUGCAUAUAUUAAUCCUCCUGCCUUAUAGCAGCAUAUUUUUCUGUUGAAGAGUACUAUUACCAUCCCUCUGUUUGUUCAAAAUUGGAGACUUUCUCAUACAUUUAAUGUAGUGUUAAAACAUCUGUAAAUUCAGAAAUGUGUAGAAUAUGACAAGAGGUCAGAUGGUUUAAUACUCAAAUAAACUACAAUUCCCAUGAUGCUUUUCAAGCAUUUAGAUUAUGAACGUUUUAGUUUUUAAACAUCUUGGGCACACCAACUAUAGUCCCAGAGACAUUAUACUUUAUUAUGCCCUCUCCAUUCUACUGAGACCGCGCUUAUCAAAUGACCUAAUCACAGCUAAAUCCAAAGGCCACUACUCCAUACUAAUUCUUCUUGACCUCUCUGCGGCCUUUGACACCGUUGAUCAUGCUCUCCUUCUUCAAACUCUUCAAUCAUUUGGUCUCUGUGACUCUGUCCUCUCGUGGUUUUCCUCUUAUCUCUCCCAACGCUCAUUCAGUGUCUCCUUUUCUAAUGAUACCUCCUCCCCUCGUCCUGUCUCGGUUGGAGUCCCCCAAGGCUCUGUCCUUGGUCCCCUUCUAUUUUCUCUCUAUACUGCCUCUCUUGGCAAACUUAUUACCUCUUUUGGAUUCCACUACCACCUGUACGCUGAUGACACCCAAUUAUAUCUCUCCUCCCCGGACCUCUCCCCUGCCGUCCUGCAACGUGUCACUGCUUGCCUUUCUUCCAUCUCUGACUGGAUGUCCUCCCGCUUUCUGAAACUCAAUCUUUCUAAAACUGAGCUCCUUGUCUUUCCUCCUCCUAAUACUGAUCCUCUUCUCUCGCUCUCCCUUCAAGUUUGUGGUACCCACAUCAGUCCAUCCUUGCAAGCGCGCUGUCUUGGCGUCAUACUUGAUUCUGACCUCACCUUUGAGCCUCACAUCCAGCAUGUUGCCAAAUCCUGUAGAUUCCAUCUUAAAAACAUAGCCCGCAUCCGUCCCCUUCUUGCACCAGAUGCUACCAAGGAGCUUGUCCAUGCUCUAGUAAUUUCCCGCAUGGAUUAUUGUAACUCUCUCCUGAUUGGUCUUCCCAAAAGCCAUACUGCACCGCUACAGUCCAUAAUGAAUGCUGCUGCCAUACUGAUUUUCAUCUCUAGUCGCUUCUCUCACACCUCACCCCUCUGCCAGUCCUUACAUUGGCUUCCUGUAUGCUAUAGGAGUCAAUUCAAGGUAUUAAUUCACACCUAUAAAGCACUGAGCAACUCUAGCCCCUCUUAUAUCUCCUCACAGAUCCAUAGGUAUGUCCCUUCUCGGUCUCUCCGCUCUGCCAGUGACCACAUCCUGACCGUUGUCCACACCGAUACGGCCAACUCACGCUUGCAGGACUUCUCGCGGGCGGCUCCCUUCCUAUGGAAUAGCCUGCCUACCACCAUCAAACUCUCCCCUAGUCUUGCAUCUUUUAAGAAGUGCCUUAAAACCCAUCUCUUUAGGAAAGCUUAUGGCCUCCAAGACUAACCUCUACCUCACAUACCUGUCUCUUUCUCUCUCCUAAAGGGCAGCCCACCUUAUUUGACUGCAAAUUCCUGUCCUAAUGUGUUUUACACCCCACCUCCUAUUGAAUGUAAGCUCGAUUGAGCAGGGUCCUCUUCAACCUAUUGUUCCCAUAAGUUUUUUGUAAUUGUCCUAUUUAUAGUUAAAUCCCCCCUCUCAUAAUAUUGUAAAGCGCUACGGAAUCUGUUGGCGCUAUAUAAAUGGCAAUAAUAAUAAUACUAUUAUUCACUUGGUUAAUUUCAAAGAUGCCAGGAUAGGAGGGAAAGUGUAUUAGAGACAAAAACAAAGCAAAAUAUUUUAUGUAAACAGUUCUCUUGUAUUGUAUGUAGAUUGCUUUGGAGAGAGAUGGUAAAUGGUCACAUCAGUCCAGAGUCCAUUUAAAUGGGUUGGUGUGGAGGUUAAGGAAGGACAUAUAGAAAGAUCAAUGAUGUAACAAUUUCCCUUCUGAAAUGUAGCAGAUAAUUUUGUUAUUUAUGUACAUAAAGACUACUAAACCAUUAAAAACUCCUUUCCUGAUUGGAAACACUAGCUCCUUGUUAAAAUGUAUUCUAUGCUUUCAGCUGUAUAGAUGCCCAGAGGAAGUGCAUCAAAAGUCUGCAUAAUGAGUACAAUUGUGAAGCUACUGGCUUCGGAUAGACACUAUUGUCUCAGCCCCUAAGAGGCUGUCAUCAGUGUAAACUACUUGAACCCAUAUAUUAUGUAUAACAAUGAAUCAAGGAACAACUAUUACCAGAGAUACAAUGUAGAAUAUUUGUACUAUUUGCCCAGUGGUACAAAGUACUAUAUUUAAUUUCCUAACAGUGUAGCUGGGUGUAAGGAGUUAUUAUUACUGAUGUUUCUGUUUCAGGUGUCAAACUGUAUCAGUCUUGGCUUUUAUUUAAUAUAUUUAUUUAGAGGGACCUUGACAACAUAAAUUACAAAUAAAUGGGGGGGUGGGGCGGGGACUGACAGCCGACCGAGACAGACGUGUGAAGCUAGAGCUCCUUGACGAAAAGCUUGAAUUUCACUACAAUUCAGGGGUAUUAUUGAACCCAAUUCCCAACAGCAAUCCUGCCCUAUCUACUUACCCACGUGAGGUAAGCUGGCUGAAUGCGUCUGAGAAGACAGGCUGUGAGAUAUCAGCACUGCCAGUGUCUGAGGCCUGCAGCAGUGGGGUGGUGUGGUGGGGAUGGCAGCUCCUCCAUCUCACACAGUUCCUGCUUGUUUCUGUGCCCUGUCCCUCCUCGCUCCCCCCCUUUGGACCGGUGGGAGAUAUCCUGGUCCCCACUGAUGGAUUGACCUGCAGCAAUGGAAAACAGCCGCGGAGAACAAAUAAAGGGUGCAAAAUCUGCAAGAUCUAAUAGCCAUGACACGCCUUACAAGAUGGCUGCUGCAAUAAACUGGGCCUUCCACGAGGUGCGGAUAGAGCAGGCCUUCAAGCGCCUUUGGUCUCAAUUCUGGGCUACAAUAAGCGAAAGAGCAAAGAAGGAAGUUAUGGCAAACUCCACACUGACACUCCCUGGAAGUGUCCUCAACCCACAGCAUGCUUUACAUGGCCGUGUUUUGGCUCUGAAAGCAAGAAGUAGGAGGAAGACGACGCGGCGGGCACCUCAAUCCCGGAGGCCCAGCACUGUUGGUUGCCGCAACUUACCUAAGCCUCAGUCUGCCCAGGGUCGACCUCGCACGCAUGGCUCAACCCCUCGACUUGUGCAAGCUCGCUCACAGGCCUGGGGACAGAAGGGAACCAUACCCAAGCAAGGAACUGCUGCCUUGUGCCUGAGUCUCCCUUGUCGCAUGACAGCUCUACACUCCAUACAGCACGAGUCUGUGAAAGGAAAAAAUAGUCUUUAUGAACUUCCCAGGAGUCAGUUCUAGCAUUUAUAGCUGUCAUGCACAAACUGGGAGAUACAGAUACAGUGUGCUUUAGAAAUAUGUCAAUUUAAUGUUAUACACAGGUAAAUUAUCAGGCUUUGGGCCUGUAAAUGUAGUCCUAAAUAAGGAUGUAGCUAAAUAAACAAAUACAAUGGCUACUUGAUUCACAAGAACAAUAAGAAAGGGACUCUAUAAAAAGGGAAAAUAAUCAAUCUUCAGUCUGGAGGGUUGCAGGCAGACUGAGCAUUCAAGUCAAGAAAUGCUGUUAUAUAGGCUUCCUUACCAUGUAUGUUCAGCAAGAGCACAGGGAAUGGUUUGGAAGUCAACCAAUCACAGUAUUCAGCAAGAGCACAGGGAAUGGUUAGUUUGGAAGUCAACCGAUCACAGUAUUCAGCAAGAGCACAGGAAAUCGCUACAAAUAAUUAAAGUUUAUGGAUAAUAUUCAACAGCCACAUUGGAAACAAGACCAACUUUGGAAAAAAAUAAUAUACAUUUCUGCUGAUAGUCCUGAUUUUUUUUAGUAGCCUAAAUAUUACAAACUGGUAUUUCAUUCCCCAUGGCACAAGAGAAAAUUCAAUAUUAGGGUGACAGAUACAUAGAAUGUGACGGCGGUCGUGAUGGAUAAGAACCAUUCGGCCCAUCUAGUCUGCCCAAAUUUUCUAAAUACUUUCAUUGGUCCCUGGCCUUAUCGUAAGUCUAGGAUAGUCUUAUGCCUAUCCUACGCAUGCUUAAACUCCUUUACUGUGUUAACCUCUACCACUUCAGCUGGAAGGCUAUACCAUGCAUCCACUACUCUCUCAGUAAAGUAAUAUUUUGUGAUAUUAUUUUUAAACCUUUGCCCUUCUUAUUUAAGACUAUGUCCUCUUGUUGUGGUACUUUUUCUUCUUUUAAAUAUAGUCUCCUCCUUUACUGUGUUGAUUCCCUUUAUGUAUUUAAAUGUUUCUAUCACAUCCCCCCUGUCUCUUCUUUCCUCAAAACUAUACAUGUGAAGAUCCUUUAACCUUUCCUUGUAAGUUUUAUUCUGCAACCCAUGAACCAGUUAAGUAGCCCUUCUCUGAACUCUCUCUAAAGUAUCAAUAUCCUUCUGGAGAUAUGGUCUCCAGUACUGUGUACAAUACUCCAAGUGAGGUCUCACCAGUGUUCUGUACAAUGCCAUGAGCACUUCUUAUGACUUAAAAUGACUUAGAAUGACUCCUAGUGCCACCUUGUUAUUUACUAAAUUAUGAAUCGCUGGGAAUGCACCAAUGAAUUGAAAAUUUAAUGUCAACACAGCUAACACAAACAUUACUAUUUUGUCCUUAAGUUUGCAAUCCGCUGGUGAAUGCUGGGGAAUAUUCAUGGUUUUAGUGAAUAAUCCUGUCUGAGUGGACUGUCCUUAGUUCUCUGUUUGGAAUAUUUAUGAAUGACCUUCUAGGAAUAUUGUACAGAAUAAUAAUAAUUUGUAUAUAACAGAUAAAUAAUUCUAGAUAUAUCCAUCACUAUUCCACUAUUUAAGAUAAAAUCAGUAUCUGCGUGUUCUGUGUUUCUAUUAUACACAUUUCUUUAUCUUGCUGAAACUCCCUGUCAAGGGCAAUUUCACCUUUAUGAUAAAAUUGUACGGAAGAAUCUUUUCACCAUAUUUCAUUUCCAAGCUGCCACUCACACGUCUCAGCAUGUUCUAAUGUAGUCUCUGCGCUAACACUAAACGGGGCUGGCGCUGAGCUUCCUAACAAUACAUCUAUUUUAAGCCACUUCAAAGAUAUCACACAAUGCAACAAAAAUGUCCCUGGGGACCACACUAAGCAAUUUCCCAGAAAAAAAAAGGAAAAUCUUAACCCAUUAGAUGCACUCAGUGUUUAUUAUACUCUCGACUGGGAAUAAAUCAGAAAAGGCAGAAUCGAAAACCUAAAGAACUUCUCAUUGUCUGGUCCUGUUUUUGUGUGCUUCAUAUAAUAAUGAUAUGAGAAAUAUAAUUGUGUGCUGAAAAUUGGUGUGCAAGGGUAUGAAUCCAUUACUGCUGAACAGAAACUAAUCGAGUUCUUAUCUAAAAUGCCACUUUAGUGCCAAUAUUCUAUGUAAGUUAUGGAUUUAUCACAGGCGAACGCUUAUAUCUUACUGCUUCACAGGAAAUUUGUCUUUUCAAGUUCAUAUUGCAGUGUUUUUUUUAAUAAAAUAAAAUUAUUUUAUAUUUUUUUUAUUUUUUUUUUUACAAACUCUUUGAUUUUAUUGGCAUCCGUAGGAAUACAGGACUCGUAGUCUGGGGACCAGCUGGCAAUCACGAGUUAGAGAAAAUAUGUAAGAACCUGGAAAACUACCAGAUCCCAUGGGAACAUCUGAGCCAGGAGGCAAUGAAACAGAAGUACCCUGGAAUUUCUCUGAAGCCUGGUGAAGUGGCCUGUUGGGACACCAGUGGUGGAGUUCUGUACGCUGACAAGGCACUCAAAGCAGUUCAGGUAAUGGUCUUCGUGGCCUGGUGUAGAAUCUGAAAACAGAUUGCUGUUUUGUAAUGUGUUACUUUACCAAUGAGCACGUAUUCGGGUACACAUUUUCCAAAGCAAGCUUUUUAAUGCAGCCACAUGAAAUCAGAGCCAAUUCUUGCACAAACUGUAUCUCAAGCAUGAAAUGUCCAAGAUCAGGAGCUACUUUCAUAUCUUGAAAUAUUUCUGGAUCCUAACUGAUUAAAUCAUUUCAAUCACGCCUGUUUGGAAAGUCCAUGAUUCACUAACACAUAGUAUAUAUUAAUAUGGUGCUUUGCCAUACACCUAUACUCAUACUCAUUACUUCUUAGCACUUUUAUACUCUCACUCACAAUGCAUUAUUGUGGAAUACACCUACAUACACUGUUCAUUAUUAUGGAUUUGGUUUGUGAACAUUCUCCCAACGUUUCUUUUUAUCUGCUGUGAAUUACGGGACCGGGUGUUGUCUGAUGCUACAGUGCCAGGGAAUAAUAGUUGGCUUGAUGCGCACAUAUCUGUGCCAUGCAAGGGACUUUUUCUAUGUUUAAAGUAAGACACAGGGUAUGACAUGGAUGUCCUUAACAGGCCUGGCAUGUCCAGUAUUAAGCAAGAAAGGAAAGCAGUCACAGGCUUCCUCCCUCUAGUAGAACCAACAGGUGACCUCUCUCUUCCACCAGACUAUGUCAGAAACAAAAAUAACAGCUGCUGGAUAGGGGGCACUUUAAAAAAAAAAUAAUCCUCUGGCCUCUUUUUCUAACAGGAAUAAGCAUAAAAAACAUAGCAUACCAUAACAAUAAAAGGGCAAUCUUUAUUCUUAUAUAGUAUCCCAAAGUACUCAAACAUGCUACGUUUAUCUGUACAUGUAUAAAUAGUUUAUAACAUUUUCCGUAUAAACAGCUUUUGUAACAUGCAUAUAAUUUAUAUAGGAACCGUUUCUAGAGAAGGAAUUUGAAACUAUUUAUACAUGUACAGAUAAACCUUGCAUUUGUGUGUACAUUGAUAUACUAUGGAAGAAUAAACAUUGUGAUUUUAUAUGUAUGGUGUGCCCUGGUUUAUAUGAUUAUGUUUAUGUUAUGUAGAGAAGGAAUCUCAAGCACUGCCCACUCACACAGAUGUUAAUGGUAUACAAUUCCCAGAAUUAUUUUAAUGCAAUAGAUGAAAGUUGUCACCGUUGUAGUUCAGCAACAUCUGGAUGGCCAGAGUUUGAGAUGACUGUGACCUUGUAAUCAUUUGUGUGCUCUUUACAGUAACCCAACUGAUGUUCUUCUGAGACACAAGUCAAACUCAUGCAGGAGCAGAUUCAGGGGAGGUGGACAUUUUUCACAGCACACAGUGUUUUAGAACUGAACAUUUAUUUUGAAUUUCCAGAACUGUCAGACAUAUUAUGCUAGAAAAUAUUAAUUAUUCUAUUUCACACACUGCAGGCCUCAAUUAAGAAAAUGGUAUCACGGCAAUGUUUGUUGCUGUUUGAAACCAAAUAUUGGGACAAUGUUUUACUGGCAUUGAGAAAUGUUGAGAAAGCAAGUUGUUUUGUUGAUACACAAUUGUCUAAUUCAAUCUACGACUUAAGCCACUUUUACUAAGACAGUAAACUAAUAGAUUCUGUUGACUCUGCCAAAUUAUAAAACUAGUAUGUGUUAACUCAAACAAUAGAUCGACUUCUAUCUCAUGUUAAAUAACAAGACCUUUUGUCAGGAGCAUACGAGGUGAGUUAAUAUUGGAUAGCCUAACUGAAAUGAAGUUAGAAGGAUGUACAUUUCAAAGUAUAUCUAAAAUUAAUUGUAUAAAAUUAGUGAUGUUUCUUAAUUUUUCAUCAUAUUCAAAAAAUAUAACUUUUUAUAUAUUGUCUCACAAAUAUUCCUACAGAACCCAACUUCUGGUCCAUUCUCAACCCAUAUUAUUCCCUUAUCCCUAACACUAGUGAAAUAAUAAAGUUUGCAUUGCAUAUUACUGGAUGCUAAAAUAUCUACUUUACAUUGAAUAUAAAAUAUCAUACCUAAUGGCGAUAUUUCGUAAAUUCCGCCUUACAAUCAUAUUGUGUUGAACAAAAUAAUACAGAUGCAAAAAAUAUACUUACAAAUAAAUAAGGGGUAUGUAACAAUAUAGUAAACAGUGUGCAUAUUAUGGUAUUAAAACAUUUUACUCCCACCCUCCAGAAUUAAAUUGAGAAUAAAUUACUUUUUAAUGGUGCACAUAUUGAAUCUUGCCACCCUCAAAUUACCCAAUGCCAGAUAACAUGAGUAAAAAGAGGGGUUGUGGCAAAUGUAUCAUAACAGUAUAGGUGAAGUGAUAGCAUACUGUUCUAUUAUGCAACAUGUCGGAGUAUUAUUUAAAUAUACAAAAUAUUGCAUUAAUAUGUUCUUUUAUAUUUCAGGAGUGUUUCUUGCGCAUGGGUGGCACCAUUCAUGAUAAUGAGAAGGUGACACAUAUAGAACCAGGACCAAUGAUUACAGUGACAACCACCACCACUUCGUAUUCAGCAGAGAAACUGGUGAUCACAGCAGGACCUUGGGCCCAGAAGGUCCUUACUCCUCUAGGUCUUCAACUCCCCUUAAAGGUGAGAGAUUGUAUUUAUAUAUUUAAGAGUUUAUUCACUAAGUGGUGACUAAAGCUUACAAACACAAAUAUAAAUAUAAAAGUGCACAGUGUAGGGUAUGUAGUGAUGGUGGAUGCUUAAACACUAAAACCACUUCAAAGUAAACAUAAAAUACAUACAGUAGUAGGUGGAGCAUUCAAUAAAUGUGUAAAAUAAUAAAAACAUACAGCAAAUAGAGCAAUAUGCAAGAAAUAGGUAUAUAAUACAUUAAAAUGAGGAUAAUUCAACUAACAAGCCUGGAGCCAAAUAUAGUAAUAUGGUUCACAUGGGAAGUGCAGUGGGACUCUUAGUAGGAUGUCCCAGUCAUUUAUGUGGUUCUCUUUUAGGUACCUCCAAGUCUUACAUGAAGAGGAUGGUCCAAACGGCUUUUUGGUUCAAAUGGUAUACUUUAUUCCGUUCAUAUGAAAUAAAUAAAAGCAAAUAUGUAGAAAUGUCCAAUAAAAUCGAUAAAAAGUCCUUGGCUGUUGCCAGUAAAAGUCCAAAAUGUGUUUCGCCCUAGAAUUAGGGCUUCUUGAGUCGGUUUAAAUCUUUCCAGGCUUGCUGUUCAUUUUAAAUACCCUGCCAAAUCUUUAUUUGCAGGUGUCACUUCCGGGUUCAUGGAACACAUCGUGCAUUCCAUGCUUUCCUAUGGUCACGUGCUCAGCUUGUCACGUCAAUCACAUGACGUACGGGUUCCCAAUUGCAUCUCCUUUUCGUUGUUGUGUGGGCUGUAACUGUUAGUGGAACGCUCCAUGCGUUCCACAAGGUUCAUCAUUGGGCAGAUGAGCCUUCCAGGAUGUCUCCCAGCUGUCGUUCUACUCGUGUUGUGUAUACUUUUACGAUGGGGUGAUUGGUAUCUCCUGGAGUCUCUCCCAGGAGUCUUAUUCACAGUAUCCCAAACAGAAGCAUUUAACCUUGUAGGAAAGCAAAUAAUCAACAAAAACUGGAAUUUCUUUACAAACAAACAUAUAGUCAAUAAAAGUGGAGACUUCUUUAUAAUAAUAUGUAUGUAUGUAACAUUGGUGACAGGGUGAUAGAGGUUCUUUUGUAGAUAACCUUUGAUAGUUUUUUAUAGAAAGAGUGUUGAGGAUACUAUUACUAUUAUGAUAAUGAAAUCUUUAUUGCUGAAUGUAGAAUAUGUAUUAAAUAAUAGGUAAUAAAUAUAUUUUCAUUCCUAAUACAUACUUUUAUAACUCUGGAGGUAAUAAUUGUGUUGGCAUGAUUUUAAUAAAUGGUUAUGUUUAAAGGGACAGGCUUAUAGUCAUAUGAUACAGAAAAAUAUCUAUAAAAAUAACUUCAAAUAGAAGCGUAUAUUAAAAAAGGAAAUGGCUCUAGGAAAUGGCUCUAGUAGAGGAAAAUGUGAGAGGGAUGUUAAAGCCCAUGUGAAGAAAUAAAUAUAUAUGUAUAUAUAAAAUUAUGUAAAAGUAUAAAAGGUGAGUAAAGCUUAUCUAGUGACUAACGGUGACUAAAGCUUAGUUUGUGAAUUUUCCUAAUUCGGCUAUUUUGAUCUGAAUUUUGCAAGUCGGUUUUCAGUUGUCCACCAUUCACAGAUGAGUCGAUAAACCCUAUUCUUCAUGCAGAAAAAAAAUUAUAAUUCUAACUUCCAUCUGAAAACACAAGUCAAGUGCUGUAAUUAUUUCUUACUUUUUUCAUUUGAUUUGCAGUGCGAUUCUUCUAAACUGAACCACAUUUAAAAUGUUUCUAGGACAGUCAAGCUCCCUAGAGUAAUGUAUAUCAUUCCAAUGUGUUUAAGGUUUCCCUGCCAACAAAUAGGUUAAAUCACUGGCCAGUUUCCUUUCUACAGAAUUCACAUACAUACUCAUAAAUAACGUACAACCUAAGUGUCUUGUCACUGUUAACUUCUUCUUGUCUUUGGGGAAAUCCAUUUCUUUACUUCAUAUUUUCAGCAUUGGCAUGGCUAAAUUCUUUCAUAAUAUAUAAGGUCAUAUAAGUAUCAAAUACUAUAUAACAUUUUUGGGGGUUCUGUGUUUAAUAUUAAAUGGAACAUAGCUUACUAAAUAAUAUUUUCAUGUUUUAGUACGUUACUAAAUGUUUCAGUCUGAUCAUCCAAAACAUCAAAAUGCUGCCAAUUAUAUCCUUUAUAUUUAAUUUAACCAGAAAGAAAUGCAUAGUCUCAAAUCAGUAUGAGAUAUUAUUUGGGGGUACCCAAAGGUACAUUUUUGGGGGGUAAUAUGGAAAAAUGGACAUAUUAAUUGUGAUGGACGGAGCUCCUGUACUCCGACCAAGUGCCUCCGCCCAAUCCACCUCCUAGCCGUUGGGGAGGGAGCCUGGAACGCUUCAGCUCCUGUCACCGAAGCUUGACUGGGGUCUCUCUGGAACUCUUCCACCUGGCCAGGCUUCUUCCAUGCAGAAAUCGUCCCCUCUGCCUAUUUCUCUGCAGAUUUCCUUCCAAGCAGGUAGCUUUCACUCUGCCUAUUCCUCUGAAGCUCUGCUUGUAGUGAUUUCAAAAUGUCUUUACAAAGACAUUUGCAACUCUCAGGCCUAACUCUCUUGAUUUGCCCCUGAGCUAGAGGGAUCAUGUAGCCAGCCAACAGGUCUGAAGACUCUGUUACUGAGAUACUUUAAAAUCCACACAGGUCACACAGUUCCAAAAGGAACUAACAUACCAUUCUUUAUUUCAACUCUGGACUAGCCCAUAUGUUCAAAGCAUUUAUAUUGCUGUGACACUUGAUUAAAAUACAAAUAUAAAAACCAUUAAUAAACAAGCAAUUAAAAUGAAUACAUGCACUAUAUAAUACCAAUAACAUUUUCAAACACAAUAUAAAGCAAUUAAAUAUACAUUUUACUACUUAUUUGGUUGCCUUCAUUUGCACACAAGUCUUAUAUAAAAGAACACACUCCUAGUCAGUCAGCAGAGGGUGCAGCAGAGUUAUCUUUCAGGGACUCCUGGGACCAGAUCCAUAGUCUGUGGGUAGGAGGCUGUCUUUCAAGCCUCUCCAAAAGGUCAUGGCAUGGGAGCUUCUGUCACAUAUCUCCCCCUUCUAAUGGAGACUAACCUGAGAGGAGACUCUGAACGGGUUUACUCCCAAAUUAGUCAGUUUGUUAAUCCCAAGGCCAAAGCAAUAAUAUAAUACAAUUUUAAAGAGUCACUUACCAAGCCAACCUUGUCAUCUCUCGUAGUAUGUAACUGCAGCUGGGGAAGAGUAUCAACUACACCUUUUCCCUUAAGUCCUAUCAGCUGCUGGAGAGAAUAUAGAGUGGCCGGUGUCUCUAAGACAAUGGAUUGGGGAUCUGGCUCACUGCCCAGCCUUCUGGUAUUACACUGGUGAAGCCCAUGCUCCCCUCCACAAGUACAGGACAAAUAGCUUUCUUCUUUAGUAGUUGAGGACAGAGGCCAGCGGCCUCUGAAGAGGUGAAGAGGGUUUACCAUUUACGCUCCCGGUAGCUCCAAUUGCCGCUGGGGAGGAAGGGAGGCCAACCAUCUCUGCUCCCAUAAACUCCAACAGCCACUAGUGAGGGAGGCCAAUACUCUCUACACCUUGCAUAACAACCUGCCGCUGGUGACCUCUCCUCCUCCUGCCUAUGUUAGUGCCGAAUGCGCUUGAGCGUCAAGAGCCGCACACGCAUUCAAACAGUCUAUAGGAAAGCAUUACUCAAUGCUUUCCUAUGAACGUCAGCGUCUUCUUACUGUGAUUUUCACAGUGAGAAUCGCGGAAGCAGCCUCUAGUGGCUGUCAGUGACACAGCCACUAGUGGCUGCAUUAACCUUCAGUGUAAACAUAGCAGUUUCUCUGCAGGGUUAAAACUAGAGGGACCUGGCUCCCAGACCACUUCAUUGAGCUGAAGUGGUCUGGGUGCCUAUAGUGGUCCUUUAAUAGAUAACCCUGCCUUACUCCCAUUCUUUCAUGCACUGGUGUCAACUAUAUCCAACGAAGAGUGCAUUAAUGGCAUUAAGAACUAAACAAAAUAACAUUUAUUAAGGGAUACUAUAGUCACCAGAACUACAGCUUAAUGUAGUUUUUCUGAUGAGUAGCAUCAUUCCCUACAGGCAUUUUUUAUGAAAACACUGACUUUUAAGAGAAAAUGCAGUGUUUACAUUUUCCCCUAGGGACACCUCCAGUGGCCACUACUCAGAUGGUCACUGGAUGUGCUUCCUGGGGCAGUGCUGCACAAUGUGGUCCGAAGCUGGUGGCAAUUUUGAAAACAGUCUAUAAAACACACACUCCUCUCCUGCCUGUCACCCGGCAAUUGUGCUCCCCGGACCCAUGUGCCCUAGGUGGCCCUGCACCAGCCCUGAAUGUAUGUUGGCCCACAGGGAAAUUAACUGGUAACCCGCUGUGCCAGUCCGGCCCUGACUGGGGUGCACAUAGCAGAAGAGAAAUUCUGGGUAUUUUAAUCAAAAGAUAUAAGAAAUUCCCCAGACACUCAAAGUGUUGAAGCCGCAGGCAGUUUUAAUGAAACAAAAUGAAUAGCCUGUUCUUUUUUGUUUCAUUAAAACUGCCUGCGACUUUAACACUUUGAGUGCCUGGGGAAUUUCUUUGUUGCCUUAUCGUUGUGGGAUUGCUGGUCCUGCUACAGAGCACCAGGGGGCUGCUGGGAUUGAGUGCAGCUCCUACAAUCACUUUGACACUGAAAAGAUGACUAGUUACUCUAUUUUAAGUAUUCAGGCUAGUUGAUAAUAAAUGUUCAAGUUUAAAGUUAAGCAAUCUACAGAGAAAUCUUUGCUUUCCAAUAUUUCAAAAUUGCAAGUAAAAUCUCAUGUUGAGAUACAGUGGAAUGAGCUCACAGGUUAGCAAAGUCACGGCAAUCUAUGUGCAUUGUUGUACUUUAUCAAGAUUGCAAUGGGCAUGAACCCCUGGCUCCAAUAUAGUGGAAGAAGCCCCUCCUUUCAUCAGCAGUAUCAUCAAAGUAUUAAAUGUAUUCACUAGGGGAAUUGCUACUAAAUAGUGAUUUUUAAGAUUUGUGUAUUUGGGCAGUGGAGUGUCCUUUUAAGUUGCAGACAAUAGCCAGAGAACAUGCACUGUCCCCUUUCACCAUCUCUCUCUUCUUCACUCUGGAAUCCCUCUAGGAAGUAGGAGGGAUCGUUGCUAGCCUACCAUGAGGAACAAUUUUUGCACUGAAAGAGUUAAUAUAACAUUAGCCUUGCAAACGGAAAUACCUGUCACAAUAACCUUUCCACAAUCAAAGUACUGUUAUCUGCAGUAAAUUUUAGAACAUCUGUAGCAAUCAUUUUCAAAAUUUAUUACAAGGAAACUAUUUUGUUUUGUGUUUUUUUUAUUAUGUAACUUUAAAGGGAAUCAAUCAAAUUAAAUUAAGUUUCUUUCUAUGGAAGCUGACUCGGGGCUCGAUUCUAUUAGCCUUUUAUAAACAAAUCAAUAUUUCUUUAAGGAGGCUGUUGCAAAGUAAAGGCCUUUUCAAUUUGAAAGUAAAUGUGAAUGUCUAGGUGAUGAGCUUUAACAUUCUCUGUGACUUGUUAAAAUAUCAAACCUAACUUUGUAUUUAAUAACCCAGUCAAAUACAUUUAAAGAUUUAAGAAAUAGCCCCGCUAUCAAGCUGUUGGCAUUUACAUAAUUAGAUAUGAUUAGAUAGACAAUAAUGUAAAACGCUGCGGAAUAAGUUGGUGCUACCGUGUUUCUCUGAAAAUAAGACCGGGUCUUAUAUUAAUUUUAGUCACAAAAAACACACUAGGGCUUAUUUUCAGGGUAGGGCUUAGAGCCAGUCUGUCAGCCGGUGUCCGCGCUGUGUAACCCCCCCAGAGACCCUCACCUCCCCCUCCCUGUAAUAUUCUCCCCUCUCUCCCUCCCUCCCUGUAAUACUCUCCCCCCUCCAUCCCUGUAAUAUUACCCCCCCUCCCUCCCUGUAAUAUUCUCCCCUCCCUCCCUGUAAUACUCUCCCCCCUCCCCUGUAAUAUUAUCCCCCCCUCCCUCCUGUAAUAUUCUCCCUCCCUCCCUGUAAUACUCUCUCCCUCCCUGUAAUAUUAUCCCCCCCUGUAAUACUCUCCCCUACCUCCCAGUAAUAUUAUCCCCCCCCUCCCUCCCUGUAAUAUUAUCCCCCCUGUAAUACUCUCCCCUCCCUCCCUGUAAUACUCUCCCCUCCCUCCCUGUAUUAUCCCCCCUCCCUGUAAUAUUAUCCCCCCCUCCCUCCUGUAAUAUUAUCCCCCCUCCUGUAAUAUUCUCCCUCCCUCCCUGUAAUACUCCCUCUCCCUCCCUGUAAUAUUAUCCCUCCCCUGUAAUACUCUCCCCCUCCCUCCCAGUAAUAUUAUCCCCUCCUCUCUGUAAUAUUAUCCCCCCUCCCUCCCUGUAAUACUCCCCCCCCUCCAAUUUUCUCCUCACCUCCCCUGUAACGUGGCCGAGCUCCUCUCCGGUCCGCGACCCGGCCGGACUGACAGGAAGUGCACACCCAGUGUACACUUCCUGUCAGUCCGGGCGGGUCGCGGACCGGAGAGGAGCUCGGCCACGCUACAGGGAAAGGGAGGUGAGGCAGUGCGGCAGCCGUCUGAGCGCUUUCUAUAAAGCGCUCAGGCGGCUGAGGCAUUUAAAGGGCCAGCAGCCGCCGGCCCUGCCUAGGUCUUAGUUUCGGGGUAGGGCUUAUAUUGCAGCCCACCCCGAUAAUCCAGCUAGGGCUUAUUUUCAGGGUAGGUCUUAUUUUCGGGGAAACACGGUAUAUAAAUGCCAAAAACAAUAACUAAAAAAAUAUAUAUAUGUAUAUAUAGAUUAGAUAUAUUGGCUUAAAAGCUCAUUUGGGCAGGGUUCUCUUUGCCUACUGUUCCUGUAGGACAUACACUUUUUUUAGAAUUUGAUGUUUGACUUGUUUACCAAUUGUAUAGUGCUAGGUUUGCGCUAUAUCAUCAAUUGUAAUUGUAAUUACAUAGGGAGAAAGAACUAACAUUGUGCUGAAACUACUUAUAUAUUACACAUUGCAUGUGAGGUGCAUAUACAGGGGACUUUUUUUUUUUUUUUUUACAUAUAAGAUAUCGUUAUUAACAUUAAAACCAAGAAAAAUAAAGGCUAACAUGUGGAAAAGAACAUGUGCUCUGUAAACAUUUGCUUUUAACCCAUUAUGUGAGGAGAUAGACAUCUUUCAUCAAGAUAUAUCAGUGCUUUUAUUCAGAUCGGUCCAUAUUAAUCGAAUCCCCAGCCAACUCCACAAGAACAGUGUGACUAUUCUAAUUUUUUAAAAAAAAUAAAAAAAACAAUUAGAUGUUCAUGCUAUGUACUUGUUGUGGUUCGUGGUUUUGGAUAAAUUAGUUUGUGCAAUUCAAAGGGCUUCACAAUAACUACUGUGUUAAACAUUUAGGAGAACCAAGAUGGCUGCCGAUUAUGUGCUUCAAAGGGCAUCAAAAUGGCCACCAGUCAUCUGUCCUGGUGUACCCUAGUUACAUUAACAAUAGACAUCACCUGGUUAUACUAACAAAAGAGUUAAUAGAAGCCCACAUAUAUUUGCAAGCAUUCAAAACCAACUUUUAUUUUUUUACAGCUAUAAUUUAGAUUUUUAGCUGCAUAAGGUAUGUCGGCAGAUUUAUAUCCUAACAUGUAAUGACUAAUGUCAAUAAUUCAGAUGUGCAGCAAAAUAUAAUGUUUAAUAAAAAGAUGUAAAAUAAAAUAUAACAAAUAUUAAUAAACAUAUUCUAGCUAAAAAAUUGUAAUACUAACUAGACAACUAGCCUUUGCAUUACUAAUAGUAUGUUUCCCAUGAUUGCAGUUAAAACAUGUCAAAGGCUAUCCAAGUAACUUAAUCUAAAUACAAGUAUAAAAGCUAUAACAAAAUGAUACAGCUUUAUACUUAACAUCCCAGGAUCUUAGAUGAAAUGGAGAUAAAGGUUUCUGCUGCUCUACAUAGAUCAAACUCCAUGUCCUGAAUAGAACAUAUGGGCCUAGAGCAGGAAUAGGCAUAGGCAACCUUCGGCACUCCAGAUGUUUAACUCGGAAUUGGUUAAACUGGUUUGUUAAUUAACCUUUUCAGUCUUUAGAACUGAAAUUUAUGCAGGGAAUAUCUGUUAAAUGGUGAACUUAUAACUUUGAGAGUUAUGGACGUAAAAGCACAAAUAUUGUGUUAAAAUGGUAGUCAUAUUUCAUGUCCAUAACAGUACUAUAUGGCAAAAUUUUAAUGGAAGGCCAGGUGUUACAGCUGUAAAGAAUUAAAAUGAUUUUUAGAUCUAAGGUCAGAACAGUUGAAACUGGAAAAAUUCAAAAAGUCAGUUGUGCUUUCAGAUUAUUUACUCUGGCCCCAAACAUGAAACUCACCUCGAUCUUACCCAAAAGUCUCACUUCAGUAAACAACCCUUACAAAGUGUGCAUUAGCAGGGACCAGAUGAUAGCUUAUUAAAAUGGAAAAAGAUGCAAACAGGCAUAUGGAGUCAAUUAAUGUGCGUACUAAAUCUAAACAAAAAUGUGUACACAUGCUGUAAGGAUCACAUUUAUAUGUAACAAGUCACUUAUGGUGUUAUGUAAGAAGACCUUUUCAUUUUAUCUUAGGUAUUAAAUGCUAAUGAGAAACUGUACUGAUUGAUCUUACCUUUACAUGUUUUGAUCUAAAGGCCUUAGCAAUUUGUAGAUAUUAAGCACUGCCUUUUAAAAAAAUAUGGAAUACAAAAAAUAAGACUAAACAAAAAAAAAAUCAUUAUACACAGUAAUGAUAUAUAAUUUACAUUAUCAUAUUACAAUGAUUAAGGUAAGCUAUUUCUUACACUAGGACACCCCAGUAGCAGCAGUCAGCAUACAUGUAAGGCAAUUAUUAGUACUGAAUUAGAUAUAUACCGUAACUUUUUUUAAAUUAUUUGUCUAAAACUACAGUAAAUUACAGAGGCAGGUAAAUAGGGGCCAAUUUGGCUCUGCAGACGGUUACAAUGAUUAUCCAUUGUAUGUGUAUGAGCAAAAGAUUCCAUAAUUGAGUUGAGGAAAACAUCAGCCCUUAAAUCUAGUUUUUAGCACAAAGCAUUAAUAAAUGUUUCCGUUAUUAUUAUUACUUGCAGUUAUAAUUAACAGAAAAGGGAACUAGUACAAGCAACGGUAAUUAGAAAUAGACAAAGUAAAGGGUACAACAGGAUUAAAUGAAAACAGAAUUUUAAGUUUCAUGAUAUUUCCAAAAUAAUUUUGGGAUUCAAUAUGUUAUGGCAAUGCUAGCUAAUUUUAGUAGUGGGGUGUAUUCUUAUCAAACCUUUAAUUCAAAAGAAUACAUUAAUAAUAAAAAGUUCAGUUAUCAUCGACUUUUCAAAGGCAGUCCUCCAGCUCAAAAUAAAUGAUGAAAUGUUUACAUUAGUGUAUACAAAUUAGAUAUCCUCGUGAUUGCACAGUUCUAUCCAUAUUCUUUUAAAGCUAAUAUUUACAUGGUUGCAGUGGCACUUAAACAAGAGACAUAGAGAUAAAGAGAUUAUAGCAUUAAUAGCACCUCAACCACCCCACGGAAGUGGCCACAGUGUCUGUAGCAAGCUAUAGCAGGAACAGAUAGCUGUGAUUGGCUGAGAGUGUCAUCUUGACACUCUCAAUCCAUCACAGCGUCUACAGCUGGUAUGAAUUAUGGCCAGAAGGCAUUAUGUAUGCUCUUUAUCAGCCAUAGCUUCAGUGUGGGCCGGGCUGUAAAUAACCAAAGACCCUCUUUCAAUGUUAAACUUCUUGAAAAUGUUUUAACACUGAAUGGAAGGCAAGACCCAGGGGGCUUCAGGCACUACAAAACAAUCCAAUGAGAAGAAACAGCCACAGUGUCCACAGGGUCACCUCAAAGUAGAGAUCACUUUUGUGUCACAUUAUUACUACAGGGAAGCUGUUCACAACGUUUUUACAUGCGCCAUUAGACUUGUGCCGCAAAAGUUCCAAACAGCUGAUACUUUAACAAAACUAUUGCUAUGCUUCUUCAAAAUGCUACGCAGGCUACCUCUCUAUAGUGGUCUCAGUGCAAAUCAACUGGGGGCAAUGUCACAUAACAAGCAGCAGAUUUCAGUUCCAGGGUCAGUUUCCAGCAUUGCAUCAUCUGCACCAAGCACCUUUUGCUCUUGACAGAACAACUAAUUUGCAGUGUACGCAAUAUGGUGGAUGAUACCACCUAUACUUGUGAUGUCCAGAUCAUGUCCAGAUUAUUGCUAAAACCAAGAUAGCUUCCACCAGAAGCUGACAAUUUUCAGGUUGGGAAACACGGUUAAGGACAGAUUCCACAUGAGCAGAAAUGUUCAAUUCUACAGGUCAUCUCACGUGUGCUGGAACAAAGAAAGAGCAAAACCUUCAAUGGACAAUCUGUGACACUUUUGUAAGAUUAUCCAUACUUUCUGAUAGAAUCUAACAAGUACUCUGUUUAGUGCCCCAUCCAAUCUCUUUCUAUUGAACCACUGCUCCUGGCGACUAGCCAUUGUCACUAUCGGGUAUAAUUGUAGUGGAGAGAUCAUCGAAAGCAAAGAAUAACCAAGUUUCAAUUGCAUUAUGGAGAAAUGAUCCACAUCCAGUUUUAUCCUACUUUUCAGUCAUGUGAUGUCAGCUCUCUCACUCUUUUUGGCUCCCACACCUCCCAAUUCAUGGAUGUUGAUAGCAGGAUUGGGCAUGGAAUCCACCAGUUGAACACUUCUCUGUAUCUCAGAUUUCUUCCUGCUCAGCGUGUGGUGAAGGAGACUCUUUAUGUCAGAUGAGCUUAAAUUCAUAAGACUUUCCGUGACAUCUUCAGCAGAGCAGUGCAGUGAAUGGGAGAGCUUUGUUGCCAUGACCUGGAUGAUAAGUCCAAUGGGCCAGUGGAACAUAAAACUGUGAAGGCUGUGUCUUCAUGUGCAUGGCCAGGUACACCAUUAUUUCCUAAAUAAGAAUGGAUGUGCCCAUGUUCUUCUCACUGGUUUUUAUCAGUUAAAUAUAUGAGUUUCUUAUAUGGGAGGGAAGCAGUUACGGCCCCCUUCCGAGGCUCUGUUGGAAAUCCUAUUGUUAGUUGCAUCUCCACCUUCUUUUUCAGUAUCCCAAAAUUCAAGCGGUAUAAUAUUAUAUAUAUUAUUAUAGAGCAGUAUAAUCCAACUGUCCUCAUGAAUCAGAUUAAAGUGAGGUGAAGAGAGGGACCGAGACAAUGUCUCAGCCAAUGUUUCAAAUAAUUUCCUGACACAUUGUAACAGUGAUCGCAGUGACUGGCUGUCACUGAGAUCACAAGCUGCAGAUUGCCACUGAUUGGCCAAAGGGUAACUGAUUGGCCAAAGGUCCCCCAACUGUGAUCUGCAACUCGGGAGGGAGUGGGUAUACGUGUGAGGACGCAAACGGCGUGCUAUGCUUCCCUAACAGCGCUUCAGUCCAUAUGCUGCCGGAUGGCGUGAUAGAGUUAAAGGUUUUAUAUGUCUAAAUUCAUGCUGAUUGGUUGUUUAAUUUUGACUAUGUUUACUGUUUCCUUGCUCCUGGAGGCAUCAGUAAAGAAGGUAUAAGCAAAUAUGAACCCUCCUUUUUUAUUUAUCUAAAACUACAGUAAAUUACAGGAGCAAGUGUAUAGGUGUACAUUUAUUUUAAUGUCGCAUAUCACUCAUAAUACUGAAGUCUAUUUUACGGGAAAUUAAAGCCAUCAAGGACUUCUAAAGAUGUUAUAAUUAACUGAACCUGAACAUGACAAUAUAUUCCCCUAAAUAAAAACUUCACUGUUACAAAUACACACACAACCAUACAUACAAACUCACAUGUAUUUAUACUAUUCUGCCUAGCAGAUUUUUUUAUAAUAUAUUAGAUUUCUGAAUUAAUUAAGUGACAUAUUGUGUCACAUCCCUUGUGUCAGUCUCUUAAUUAAUACAUAUUUAAUAGGAAAACAGCACUGGAUAAUCUAUUUAUUUGGCCACAGAGGAAAAUUAAUAGUUGUAAUGUUAUUGUUUAGGUGAGCUAUUAAACUCAGACACAAGAUUAAAUUUUAGUCAUGUCAUUUUCACUAUUGGUUAUUUGUGAUGUGUUUUUAUUUUAUUAAUAUGUACUGUAAAUAUCUUGCAGACUCUGCGAAUCAAUGUAUGUUAUUGGAAAGAAAAAAAUCCUGGGAGAUCUGAUAUCCUGGCAAGCUCCCCGUGUUUCUUGGCUGCUGUGAGUGGUGAAGAGCAUGAAAUAUAUGGACUACCAUCCCAAGAGUAUCCAGGGCUCAUUAAGGUGAGUGCAAGCAACUGUUUCAGAAAUAUUGAUCUUUUAACCUAUUCACUGCCUAGGCCUGUUCACUUAAAAAUGAAAACCCCUUAACAUUUAAUUGAAGUAUGAGAUGGACAAUAGAAUGGAAAAAUGAAACAAAUCAAUUUUGCCUAUAGAUUGCUGCCCAGGGACACCUAAAAAGAUAAAAGAUAAAAUAUUUUUUUUUUUUAAUGCAGUUCUUUAUUUUUUAGAAAACAUUAUAUAGAAACUAUCUAAUAUGUCUAAUUGUGCAAUAUUUUAGACAUGGUCUGACAUACAAUAUUAGCAUAGAUCUAAAAAAAACAUUUAUGUCAUAUAAAGUAGGUUAGAUAAAAAUAAAUUAAAAUUGUUCCCCGUAUAUGUGAAUUUAUAUUGAACAUGAUGGUAUUUGGGGAAUGCAGCAGUCUUUUUAUUGUAUCAGUACGUUAUGUCAUAUUUCAUAAUGGAUUCAUUUAUUAAACAGCACAAGAGAAUGUGAUAGUGCUCCGUAAAUUAUUAUUAUUAUACUAAGGCAGGUGCUGUAUAGAAAUAUCCUGAGCUAUAGGCUAUUAUGCUCUGUAGUUUCUCACUCUAUUGAAGUAGUGGGUUAAUGUUUUUUUCCCUGAUUAAAGUAGAACAGUGAUGGGCAAGCGUUGGUACUCCACUUGUUAUGGACUACAUUCCCAAUGACACUCAAAGGCAAUGCAGUCCACGACAGCUGUUAUGUAAAACACGGGACAUGUGCUGGCAAGAUAAGGUUAUGAUCUCAGUUUAGUUUUUCAUAGUCAGGUUUGCCAUGCCCUUUACUGUAUACCCAUACUCUACUACUCUACACCAAGAUAUUGUCGACUACAACUCCGCUGAAGCCUUGCCAGCAUUAUGGCUGUAAGAACAUUAUGGGAGAUGUAGUCCACUACAUCUGGAGUGCUGAAGGUUUCCUACCCCUGCCCUACAACAACAAAUGGGCUAUAUUUUGGAGCUGAAAGCUAACUGAGAGUUUUACAUGUCAUAUUUGUUUUUUGCAUUCUGUUUUCAAUUAGAAGUAAACAGGUCGGAAUAAUUUUCAUUGUUGAGCAGUGUGGUGAAAGCACAACUGUAUUGUGAAAAGAAGAAAAUAUUAAGCAGCCAAUCAGAUUAAAUCACUAUCAUUGACCAGAAAAUUUAGGGAUGAGAAUGAACCAUAGGCAGGCCCGGAUUAACAUAGGCGCUGAUGGAGCUGCAGCUCCAGGUUCAGGCCAAUGGAAUAGGACUGUAACGGACCGUUUUGCUCAAAAGAGGUUAAAAACCGUUUAGGCGAUAUUCCCCUUUUUCAGCUGCACCGACAGCUACUGCAAGCACCAAUCUCCUGAACUGCAAACCCACGAAUUCACCAACUCCCAAACUGCAACCAAGGGAAUACUCGAAACUCCCGAACUGGAGACACACGAAUAGCUGCUAGCAGACGAACAUGAAAAGCCCCCAAGCGGCUUACACUGCUGGCAAUCAGUCUCUAACAGCAUACAGUAAAUCCUCCCCCAAUAAUGAGACCACACUUCACUUUGCGGGUUAAGCAGGAACUGAUUUACUGGGGCUAACUGCCUGGCUUUUAUGCAGGUCUCCCACCUGGUGGACACUCCCGUAGGGGACCAAAUGGGAGACUGGGACACAAAGGGUAAAAGGACCAAUCACAGACUUACACAUUUCAACCAUCCCACAAUGCAUCACAAUCCCUCCUCUCUGCUCUGGAGAUAAUUGAGAAGUAAUUCAAUUAUCUCCAAAGACAGAGGCAAAACUCCAUUAACCACAUGGCAGAAAACAAACAGUAAAAGACAUAAAAUUACCUACAGUUACAUUCAGUACAUAAAACAUAUACGUUCUACAUAUCCCCAGAUAGCUCAGGUCUGAGCGCACAUUAUUAAGCGAAUGGCGCUCAGACCACACGAAUACAGUUUAAACGCCAUGGAGCCAAUGUCUUUACACAGUCAGUUUCAUGCGAAUGGGCUCCAUGGGAUUCCUAUCUGGGGUACAACACACUCAAGCAAAUCUACCGAACACCCAGCAGAAAAGCACAAAUAAGUCUUUUCUGCAGGGAAAAAGAUGUCUUUUAACAUGGGGCCAUAGUCCAAAGGCAGCAGGCGAGCAACCAGGCUUCUCCGGUGUACAGUGGUGAGGUUGGUUUCGCCACAAGGACCAUUGAUUUUUUAAUUAAUUUUUUUACUUUUUUUUUUUUACAAGAGAUAACUCUGCAAUAUUAUCACUAGUUAGUAGGGUUCGCUGUGUGUGUGUGUGAAUAGCGGCAGGGAUAGGAAGUUACAGUAUAUACCUGCAUCUCCCUACUUACUGAUCCGUGGGAGAGCAGCUACACAGCACAUAGAGUCCAGACAGCAGCUCCCAGCCUGCAGAGACAGCCUACAGCUCCAGGAAGUUAGGGAUGGGGUAAAGGCUGCAGGGAGACAUGGGGACACUGAGACACUAGGGGACACUGUGAGACAUGGGGACACAGGGAGAGGCACUUGUGGACACUUGAAGACACACAUCCCCAUGUCUCACAGUGUCCCCUAGUGACUUCGGGAAACCUGGGAGACAUGGAGACACAGACACUAAGGAACACUGGGUGACAUGGGGACACUGGGAGACAAGGAGACACUGGGAGCAAUCCAUCUCUUAUGUCACUCCUUGUGAUUUACACCAUGUGAUGUCAAUCAUACAUAAUUAGUUGUGCUAAUUAGGAAGGCCUGUAUUUUUUUCCAAGGUGGCAAUCCUGACUACUCUUCACAUACUCUUGCUUACGUAUGGAAACUUAAGAGGAAUAUAUAGAAACACAACUUAUGUGGAAACAAGACUUAUGUGAAAUGAAAUUAGUUAAGGUAAUGCUGACUUUGGUCUCUCUAACACUGUGGCGUGUUCCCUUUCUUCUACACUCACAACAUCCACCUUUUCUCUGUCUCAGACUGUAUACCAGAAGCUUCUGCCUGCUAGUAAGAAGGUAAGGAGACAAGUGGACAUGUGAGUGCUAGGGGACAGUCCUUAGAACGCAUGGAGCGAGCGCAUCAUUAAACGCAUUUAUGCCAAGCUCAGGAUGCUGUUGGCCAGCAUGCAUGAUUGGCAGGCAACCUGACAUGCAUUCAUGCCAGGCUAGCCUUCCAAUUCUUUGGGCAGACAUGCCUCCUUUUUGGGCAUGUUUGUCCUUUUCGGUAGUUCUGAUAACAUAAUCCGCGUCAGUGGCACACCCUUUUACACCGCUCAUUGACUUCCUGCUUCCCUGGACACUGCUGUUAGGGGGUAUAGAUUUACUUGAAAGAUGAAAGCAUGAAUUAGAGAGAGAUUAGUAUAUUUUAAGAGAAUCUGAGGUCUCAUAGCUGCAUCCUAUGAGUUUCCCUCUGGCAACAUCUCCACCAGAUACAUAACACUUGAGAGGUAGUCUACUAUAAAAUGCUCACUUUAUGGUGAAGGCUGUAAAGUAAGGCAUAUUCAAUAACAUUUACAUAUAUUUACAUAUAUAUUCAUAUUCCGCUAAUGGAACUCUUUUAUACAAAAUCACCUUAUGAUUUAGCAUAACUGUGCUAUUAAUAUGUUUGCAGCUUUAGUGGUUUUAAAGAGUUCUCUCUGUCCCUCUGUUUUAAUCCUUGCUUUUAUCACUCAAAAAACAACUCUAUUUUAUUAGACCAGAUUCAGUAAACGGAAAUAGUCUUAGUUAUUUUAACUAAUUAAAACUGUGAAUAAAGCAAUUUGUGAUGUAUUUGGACUUUGAGGGGUUUAGGUCCACCAAAUAAUCGAAAAAUGUAUAAAGAUUGGACACAGGGCUUUCCUGUAGAGUUAUUGGUAGUAGUAUCGUCUCUGAUGAAGCCUGUGUAUUGGACCAAUAAAUAUGUUUUUAUAACUGAUCUGGGGUUGACGAUGUUUUGUUGAUAUAAGGAUCAGGGAACCACAAAACAUUUUUUUAUGUCUUUAUUUUUUAUUUUUAUUUUCAUUAUUUAACCUCUGCUCUCUAGUGAGUAUACAGAACAUGAUAAUUAUAGCUGUAGAUAGUGUUUGCUGGACUGUGAAACAGGAAGGGUGAAUUUCCCUACUUUACUGAAACAAAUUAUCCAACAAUGCAGAAAAUCAAACGAAACAAAACAAACAAUAUAUAUGAGUAUUAAUAUAAUAUAUUAUUAUGAUCCAAUGCACAGUUUGUGAAGUUACAAUUAUUCUAAUACAGAUUAAAAAUUUAGCAAUUUAUUUUUCAUAACCUACUUCCAUCAAGUUGAAUAAUUGAAUUUGCUUUUAUAAUACAUGAAGUAAUAUACAUUUCUGUUAGUUGCUUCCUUUGUUUCUCUCUACAAAAUAAUAAAUUAAAACUAAAGGGUUUGCUCACUAAACACUGAAUUGGAGUGAAUUGAAAAUUGAACUGCACAAUGCAGAUUAACCCCUUAAGGACACAUGACGGAAAUAUUCCAUCAUGAUUCCCUUUUAUUCCAGAAGUUGUGUCCUUAGGGGGUUAAAAUAUCUGUAGUAGAGCUUCCUGUACCCCGGCUGGGUCCCUCCGCCACCGCCCUUUUCACUCCCAGUAACUGGACGGCACACAGUUCUGAGAGUACAACUGAUUUUAAUGAGCCAAACUAGUCCUUUUAUGCACAGACCCCUCCCAGGAAUCUCUGUGCCUGGAAGAUAAUUGAAUUAAAGACUGGUAAGUUAUCUAUUUCCCAGAUACAGAGAGCCAAACAUAAAAACAUAAAAGUACACCAAAACAUAAUAAAAACAUACAGUAACCCCAAAUGUCUUAUAUCCCCAAACAGUCCAAAUAGUGCUCAGAUCCAUGCAGUGUAGGGGAAUCGCCAUAAGGGUAAAGUUCUGACCGGCCGCACACUUUGUCCUAUGCCCAAAAUAGUUCCAGAGCAAUGUGUGCUUUGGCCGGUAAACUUUAGGGAGCUCCUGCCACUGGAAUACGUGGUGCUCCGCCUGGUUCUCAGGGAGCAUUUGUUCCUCUUAGUCUCAGGCAUCUUCCCUCCAAAAAGAGCUCUCCUGGCAGGUUGGCAAGUGGGUUAAAAUACCGAAACCAGAUGACUGGGAACCUCAAAGUCCUGAUGCUGAGAUUAGUUCCAUAGCUGUCGCUGCUAAGUACCGCUGAGGACCAUUCUUGGGUUUGUUCGUACGAACAGAUGAUAGGGAGUGAGUGUUCGGUUCAAUUCAUUAGAGGGAAAGUGCAGAAUCAGAGGCACUGAGGGAAAGACGCUGGAGGCGGCCAGGCAGGUUAAAGGACCACUAUAGGCACCCAGACCACUUUAGCUUAAUGAAGUGGUCUGGGUGCCAGGUCCCUCUAGGGUUAACCCUUUUUUGUAUAAACAUAGCAGUUUCAGAGAAACUGCUAUGUUUAUAUUAGGGUUAAUCCAGCCUCUAGUGGCUGUCUCAUUGACAGCCGCUAGAGGCGCUUGCGUGCUUCUCACUGUGAAAAUCACAGUGAGAAGACGCCAGCAUCCAUAGGAAAGCAUUAUGAAUGCUUUCCUAUGAGACUGGCUGAAUGCGCGCGCGGCUCUUGCUACUCAUGCGCAUUCAGCCGAGUAGGAGGAGAGGAGGCGGAGAGGAGGAGGAGAGCUCCCCGCCCGGCGCUGGAGAAAGAGGUAAGUUUAACCCCUUCCAUCCCCUAGAGUCCGGCGGGAGGGGGACCCUGUGGGUGGGGGCACCCUCAGGGCACUAUAGUGCCAGGAAAAGGAGUAUGUUUUCCUGGCACUCCUUUAACUCCUGAACAGGGUCUCAGGACAUGGAUCAUAGUCGGUGGGCAGGAGUCCCGCUUCCGCACUCCUCCAGGAGUUCAUGGUAAACGUUUGUGUUAAAGAGCGUUUGUCACAAUAUCUAACAGGGAAAAAAUCUUGAAACUAGGGUUUAGUCACAACUUGGGCUAUUUUACCAUACAGUUUGUCAUUUGUGGAGGGGACACACAUAAUACUGCCAUGGCACACUAACAGUAAAGGAAUAUAUUAGUAAGUAUGAAAUAAUUUUCCUGUUUUCAUGCAAUAUCCAUGGCAGCACUUACUCAUGGGUUAUACCCAAGCAAAUUUCAGGGUGGUAAAAUAACUUUCAACUUGAGCCUUUGUCCAAGCCAUAUUGAAAAAAUUGGAGAAUGACUGAGGCAGAGACACUGGAAGUAUCAAUCUGAUUCCUAAUAUCCCAGUCAAAAAAAUAUGUCCCAUAUGCAAUGAUGUAGACUUUUUCCUCGCUCGCAUACGAGUAGAAAUCAGGAGAACCCUUGUUUCUAAAUCUUGUUUUUUUUAAAUCUCCACACCUUCUGAGGAUUGUGAUGGACAAAAGGACCCUGAUAUAGGAGAACCCAAAAUUCCUUGGAGAGAUAGCAGAGCUGCUAUUGUCAGUUGCAAGGACUCCUCUGCCAAUAAGGUAUUACUGCCAGAACUUUGGUCCCCUCCUGUGAUAUCUUUUGUAGGACUCGAAAGUCAGAGGAAGUGGAAGAUAUAUAUAACAUUUUCUUAAAUUCCAAGGAUGUGACAUAGCAUCCGCUCCCUCCGACAGAGGGUAAAAAGUCAGAGAGAAGAAUCUUUCCACCUGGCGAUUCGCAAUAGUAGCUAUAAGGUCCUCUUGGGUUCCCCAUCUGCCGACAAUAUUCAGGAAUGCUUGUUGAUAAAUACUCUAUUACCCUGGGUAUAAAUAAUUAAUUCCCUCUAGUAAGUAAAUCCGUCGUAGUGUUCUUUGACCCUGAGAGAUAAAUUGCUGAGAUACCUUCUAGGUGGCACUUGGCCCAGAUCAUCAGAGGAUGAAUGGUCGUAUAAGAUGAGAGCACCUUGUUCUUUUUCUCCCAUGGUGGUUUAUGUAAUACACCACUGUAGUGUUAGCAAGUACAAAAGGUAGGAUAAGUGCUAAGAGAGCAAUUAAUAUAAACAGUACAUUAAGCUGCAAAUACUGAAAGUAAGGAAUACCCCCAACACCUGAAAAGAAUCAAAACAACACAAAACACAAAAACCAGGUUGAGCUGAAUAUUGUAUGUAUUAAGUCCAAUUCUUUGGAAGAUCCUGGCUUGGAUUCGUCCAGGUUUUAGUUGGUGAUAAGUAUAUGUAAUAAAACAGAAACUAACCAGUUAUAGUGCAAGUAGCCAAAUACCUAGAGUAGGACACACAACAAGGAUAUGUGGGAUCACACUCACAUUUGCUAGGGCUAUAGACCAGCUCUGAGUAAAACAGCGUACAGUGGUAUAAUCCCCACUGAUGGAUAUGUAGCUCCUUAGGGGUAAGUCUCACAGCAUCCAGAUGAAUAUAACAUAGUAAAACAUAAAAAAGAAAACAAUAGUGCUUACUGUGUAAAACCAAAAACAGGGUAAAAAUAUAAAUGGUAAUUUACUCACAUUUAGUAGAGCAGUAACACCACUCAAGAGGUAGAUUCUCCACACAUUAUGUGUGUGUUUUAAUAUUGUUUUUAAGCAUUAAAGUUUAUUUGGCUUACACCUCUUUUAUAGUGCAUGUAUUAUACUUUUUAUGCUUUACAUUACUUUUAUUGUUUUACAUUGUUUCUGGCACAUGUAAAAACUCCUGAAGUAUCUACUCCACUCCACAUCCAAUCCCUGGCAAGGAUUGCCCUCGGGGGAAUCUACACAACAUUAUAUCUUUGGUGGGGUCAUACCACCCAAGCACUAUCUCUCGAGUGGUUUUACUGCUCUACUAAAUGUGCCCAAUGUUUUAGUCCUAUUGUAGAUGACAUCGACCCCAACAAACACAUAAAUUGCUUGUCUGUUAUCCACUUCCUCUGUGAGAAACUCCUUCUUGUUGAUUGUAGACAAACUACACUGCAAUGAAAGUAAAUGCAAAAUACUACCUGCAGUUAAGAUGUUCCAAGGAACAACAUAAUCUAGUGAAAGGGCACAAGAGAAAAUAUCAUUAAAGAAUUCAGUCAGACUUUUAAACCCAGUGUCCCUGGAUAAAAAAAAAUCUAAAAAAAUAAUCAAUGAAAAGAUUAUUAUAUUAAAAUAGUUUUGUUGUAUUAUAUCUAGUAUUAUUAUUGGUGUAAAAAUCACUGCCUUACAACCGGAAACCCAGGUUUGAAUCCCAUUCAAAACACCUCAUCAGUAAGUAUCCUUAGGCAUGACAAUUAAGGCUAUAGAUAUGCCUAUCUCAAUCGUCAUAGAUUGUAAGCUCAUUUGAGCAAUGUCUUCUACCCCUUUCUAUAACUGUAAAGUGCAGCAUAAUAUGUUGUUGCUAUAUAAAUAAUAAAUUGUCUUCGAUUUUCAUACUUUUUAAUUUAAUGUGUCCUUUUCAUUAAACAGAUUUGCCUCCACGGUGGAAAUGAGGCAGAAGUAGAAGAACGAGAUCUAGUGGUAGAAGAUCCAAAAGUUAAGGAUAUCUCAAUUCUCUGCAGAUUCAUUAGCAACUAUCUCCCAGACUUACACCCUGCGCCUGCUGUCGUUGAGCAAUGCAUGUAUACGGUGAGCAUAUUUGGAACAUGUUGGCGCUAUGUAAAUAAUAGUACGUGUCCUGUGAUGUUGGGGUAAACAAGAGUAAAUAUCAAUCUAAGAAAGAAUAAGUAGAUUUUUCUAGCAAUUUCCAUAGAGAAAAUCAAUGAGAGCUAAUAUUUGCUUUAUAUAUAAAUGAAAAAAAAAACUGUUGGAGAUUGUUUUGUUACAACAGCAGCAAAGCCCUUUAGCCAAUCAAUGCCAUUUGGGUCACCUGACUCUAGACUAAGGUUAAUAUGGAACAGUGGUUCAUCACUUUUAUUGGCAUGGAGGCAAAUGAUAAACAUGGCAUACACUUGCAAUCCAUUUUUCAAUAGGUAUUGAUGAAUGAAUAAUAUAUAGCAAAAUAACUUCAGCAAAACACCUCCAUUGGACUGCCCCAUUGUCAUAGAUGUCUCCAUUGAAUCAAGGAUGGCAGUACUGCUACAGUAAAUGGUUUAUUGUGGCAGUUUCAUGGAAACUGACAUAUAUAUCAUACAUGUUCCAUCCAAUGGAGGCCUAGUGACAAAUGAAAGAACCACGCAUGGACAUGGACCAAAAUCACAUCUCAUAAAUCAUAGGAAACUCAAUAGUAACACAAAACAAAUCAUCAUUUAUAUUUACAAAUAUGAACAGGCUGCACAUAUACACACCUCCUACCAUUAAGAUGUGGCAAUGCACAGUAGUUGUUCUGGUGAAUAUAGUUAGUCCCUUUAAGCUUUUUGCAGUAAACACUGUCUCUCCAGUGGCCACUCGUCAAAUGUCUACUAGAGAUGCUUCCUGGGGCAGUGCUGCGCAGUGCAGCACUGACAUUCAGUGUCUCCAUGAUGAGAUGCUGAUUGGCCAGGUCGGCAUUUGGCUCUGCCCCCAGCCCGCCCCAUUGGCAAUGUCAGCCAAUCCAAAGCUUUCCUGAGUUCAUCACUUCUAAUGUCAGCGAAGGCGGGAGAUCAAGGAAAGAGCCAGCACCAAAAGACUGGAAUAAAGGUAAGAUUUUACUAUAUUUAGGGAAGUGGGGAGGUCAGGGGGUGGUAUAUAGGGGUUUUAAUACUAUAGAGACAGGAAUACAUGUUUGUGUUCCUAACUCUACAGGGAGUGCAGAAUUAUUAGGCAAAUUAGUAUUUUGACCACAUAAUCCUCUUUAUGCAUGUUGUCUUACUCCAAGCUGAAUAGGCUCGAAAGCCUACUACCAAUUAAGCAUAUUAGGUGAUGUGCAUCUCUGUAAUGAGAAGGGGUGUGGUCUAAUGACAUCAACACCCUAUAUCAGGUGUGCAUAAUUAUUAGGCAACUUCCUUUCCUUUGGCAAAAUGGGUCAAAAGAAGGACUUGACAGGCUCAGAAAAGUCAAAAAUAGUGAGAUAUCUUGCAGAGGGAUGCAGCACUCUUAAAAUUGCAAAGCUUCUGAAGUGUGAUCAUCGAACAAUCAAGCGUUUCAUUCAAAAUAGUCAACAGGGUCGCAAGAAGCGUGUGGAAAAACCAAGGCGCAAAAUAACUGCCCAUGAACUGAGAAAAGUCAAGCGUGCAGCUGCCACGAUGCCACUUGCCACCAGUUUGGCCAUAUUUCAGAGCUGCAACAUCACUGGAGUGCCCAAAAGCACAAGGUGUGCAAUACUCAGAGACAUGGCCAAGGUAAGAAAGGCUGAAAGACGACCACCACUGAACAAGACACACAAGCUGAAACGUCAAGACUGGGCCAAGAAAUAUCUCAAGACUGAUUUUUCUAAGGUUUUAUGGACUGAUGAAAUGAGAGUGAGUCUUGAUGGGCCAGAUGGAUGGGCCCGUGGCUGGAUUGGUAAAGGGCAGAGAGCUCCAGUCCGACUCAGACGCCAGCAAGGUGGAGGUGGAGUACUGGUUUGGGCUGGUAUCAUCAAAGAUGAGCUUGUGGGGCCUUUUCGGGUUGAGGAUGGAGUCAAGCUCAACUCCCAGUCCUACUGCCAGUUCCUGGAAGACACCUUCUUCAAGCAGUGGUACAGGAAGAAGUCUGCAUCCUUCAAGAAAAACAUGAUUUUCAUGCAGGACAAUGCUCCAUCACACGCGUCCAAGUACUCCACAGCGUGGCUGGCAAGAAAGGGUAUAAAAGAAGAAAAUCUAAUGACAUGGCCUCCUUGUUCACCUGAUCUGAACCCCAUUGAGAACCUGUGGUCCAUCAUCAAAUGUGAGAUUUACAAGGAGGGAAAACAGUACACCUCUCUGAACAGUGUCUGGGAGGCUGUGGUUGCUGCUGCACGCAAUGUUGAUGGUGAACAGAUCAAAACACUGACAGAAUCCAUGGAUGGCAGGCUUUUGAGUGUCCUUGCAAAGAAAGGUGGCUAUAUUGGUCACUGAUUUGUUUUUGUUUUGUUUUUGAAUGUCAGAAAUGUAUAUUUGUGAAUGUUGAGAUGUUAUAUUGGUUUCACUGGUAAUAAUAAAUAAUUGAAAUGGGUAUAUAUUUGUUUUUUGUUAAGUUGCCUAAUAAUUAUGCACAGUAAUAGUCACCUGCACACACAGAUAUCCCCCUAACAUAGCUAAAACUAAAAACAAACUAAAAACUACUUCCAAAAAUAUUCAGCUUUGAUAUUAAUGAGUUUUUUGGGUUCAUUGAGAACAUGGUUGUUGUUCAAUAAUAAAAUUAAUCCUCAAAAAUACAACUUGCCUAAUAAUUCUGCACUCCCUGUAUAGUGUUACUUUAAGGAGAGGUAGUGAACUAGUAGUACUACAAUAUUUUGUUAUUUAUGUACAGAUAUAGGUAUCUGUGUUGGAAAUAAAUAAAAUCAAGUUGGAAACUGUUUAUGACAUAGAGUAUUCCUUUAACUCUGAUCAAAAACCCAAGGAGAGUUAAGCCUCUGUUUGGUAUCAGUUUUCCAAUUAAGGCGUCAGUGAGUUAUAUGUCAAUAUCUAUUCAGAGUAUUAAAGAGCUGUACAUCCAGCUAGCAUUUAGUUGAUGGCCUGAUCUUUUCAUCUUAUCAUCUUUUUAUAUUCCAGAAUUAAUAUGAACCAGCAAAAAAUUAACAAGGCAAAACAUUGUUAUUAUUAUUUUUUUCUUAGUUUGAGGCAGUUCCAAGGAUGAUAUUUCUUGGAUUGGCACCUUUACAUGUUAUGUUGUUUAACUCCAGAAAAUAAACAUAGCCUGAGUAUGUACAGCAAGGAAAAUACCUAGCUGUGCCAGAGCAGUGAGUGGUAUAGCAAGAUGAAAAUGUGGAGUCUUGUAUUUAGUUAGGAGCGAAAGAGGGUGCAUUGGGUUAAUUAGCAGCGCAGCUGCAGUUUUUGUAGUAAGGUAAAAAUUCAAGACUUUGUGUUGAGUUGUGUUAAGCUAUAUAGAUUAUUGUAAUCGGUAAGGUCCAAUCAUUUAAUGGUUAUGGAAUACUGUAUAUUAUAAAUGCUACACUAGAAGUAACUAUCAGCAAUGCCAAAAGUAUAAAUAGCUGCUAUGGGAAAUGGCACAUAGAGUCCAGCUCAUAAACAGGUGUAAAACAAUUCAAGACAUGACUAUUGCGGUUACAUGGAAUUCUUACCAAAUUGAAAUAUACUAGGAAUUCAAAUAUGAGCAUGAGAAAUGAACUAUUAGCAGCUACCAGUUAGAGGUGCCAUCAGACACUUUGGAGCAUCUUGGGAAAACCUAGACAUACCCAUCCAAACAUAUGUACACACAGCUAUAAAGAUAGAUAAUCAGAGAGGGCUGAGUCUAGCAAGAGACGAGGAAGGUCGCAUGGCGGCAGAGCUCCCGACUCCAAACGAGCUAAAUCGCCGCAACCAGAACCCGACCACGACCCAAACACUCCCCGGAGUGCCCCACGGCUUACCCAAUCCACAUGGGCAGAAAAACAAAGAAGCAAAAGCCUGACAAGCCCCGUCUGGGUAUGAAUAUCGGGGACAUGUGGAAGCAGGCCCAUGAGACAGCCGGCGCAACAAUGGCGUCCCUACACGGAGGCUGCUCCGAUUUCUCGGAUGGCGCGUCUGAUGAAGAAGAAGGGAGCUGCAUGCCGAUUAAAGCUCCACUACCGCCAGACAGGCCUCGAGUACCUGCAUUAGCUCCCACACCGGUGACCAUGGAGGCCAUCAGGGAACUCAUGGCCGCUCAUCACAGCAAAAUCUCUGCAGAAGUGGCCACGAUAAGGGAGGAUCUGAAAGGCCUCUCAGCGCGGCUCGGGACCGUGGAAUGCACCUCUAGCGGCCACACCAGCCAGAUAGAGGAGCUGAAAGCAACAGUACACGACCUCAAACAACUGGCAGCACUACAUGACCAGCAACUGGCCACACAAGAGGAUAAGCGACGGCAAAGCAAUCUAAAACUACGAGGGGUCGCAGAUUCUGUACCCGAGGCCGAGCUCCCACAUUAUGCUAGGCGGCUACUGACUGCGCUCUUAACCCCGAAAGUGGCCAAAUCCAUAAUAUUGGACGACAUCUUCCGUAUACCACGGCCAACUACAGCACCACCAGCUGCCACAGGGGACAUAAUCCUCCGAUUUCAAAGCGCAAGGGACAAGAGGGCUGUUCUAGAAGCCACCAAGGGCCUAACAACCUAUUCUUUUGAGGACAUGACUCUGUCGUUUUAUGCAGAUCUCUCAAGUGGAACGCUGAACUGGAGAAGAUCCCUCAGACAGCUUACAUCCUUCUUGAGGCAGAAAUGACUCAGGUACCGCUGGGGUCCAGGGCGCGCACUACACAUAGAAGGCGCAAGUGGCCCUCUAGUGGUGCAGAACAUACAAGAGGCCACAAGGACACUGGAAGACAUGCAGCUGCCCCUGACGGCACCGGACACUGCUAAUCCACCGGCUGGAACUACAAGCAGCCCAGGGAGGGGCGCAGUUGACGCGCCAAUCUUUGUGCCACGACGGCCCCCCAACAGGACCACGUGCGGCUCCCACAACCUGAAACAGAACAAACACUACCGGGACGCUUUCUCUCUCUUUUCUUUUACCGGGCAACAACCUGGCCCACUGCCCAACAGAUGAGAACACCCAUCCACAGCGAGAGUAAUCGAGACUGUCUGCUCGCAUUUUUAUUUUUAUUAGGUUUUUUUUUGUGUUUAUUGAUGCUGACUCAUACCAAAUGUUUACCACACCUGUAUAGACACCCAUAUUUACAACACGUAUCUAAACAACCAGAUCAGGCAGAGUCCGUUUAAAAUAUAUGCUUAAAUGCCUGACCCACCACCUUAAGCACGGCAUAACCUUCCAGACAACAUUACAUAACAUGUCACUACCAUGUUUUCCCUUAAAAAACUUCCGAACGUUGUCAUACAGUGGCAUCCACAAUAAUGCCCCAGCCUGCACCUAAUAAAACCCCAGCCUGCACUUACUAACGCCCCAGCCUGCAUUUAUAAGGCUCUUAGCCUAACCACGCACGAACGGUGCCCUUUUGACAUGGCUGGCAGGAGCUUUGAGAGAGGCCCCACUCAUUUAGAUAUAUUAAUUUCCAAACAGUAUAACAUAAGCACAAUCCUUUUUACAUCGCCCAUACGCUCACAACCUAUAAUGUUACAAUAUAAACAUGAGCUACACCUUUCACAUGCUGACUAAUUGUUAAUAAAUGUUGGGUAUCAUGCUGGUCAACACUGUUGGGACAUGACGAGCCCACCUGAUCUUUAUUUCCAUGCACACCAUAAUAUGACAUUGCGCAUAGCUAUUACAUGUUCCUUCCUAUUAAGCAACACCUGUCCUGGCGUCACUUUGAUAUGCCUGUUUUGUUCUCUUUCGGUAAAUUUAUUUUGUUAAAUCUUUUUGGUUAAAUCGUGAAUUUCUCACUCAAACAAAAACAAAGUGCAACGCAUAACAAAUAUUUCACCAGAAUUGUCUUUAUUUGCCUACUACUGUAUUCUUAUGUGACCACCUUGACAAAUGUACCUACUUUUGCACUUACAAAAAUAAAGAAUUAAAAAAAAAAAAAAAGAUAGAUAGAUAGAUAGAUAGAUAGAUAGAUAAUCAAAGAUACACAACUUUCCAGGUACCCACUUCAAUACAAAUUUCCAGAUACACACACAUCCAGGCGCGCACACACACACACAAAGACUCACUGUCAUACACAGUGUCGCAUAUAUAUAUACACAUUCUGAAGGUCACACACAAAAAAUACCAGAUGCACACUGUUAGUUAGUGCUCAUAAGCAUAUAUCAAACUUCUCCUGAUGCACUUGUCAUAGAACACCAGGAACACAAAGCUGUAUUACUAAGUCUAUAGUGUCCCUCUGCUCCCGCUCCCCCCCCUCCUUUGCCCCUCCACUGCGGCUGUGAAAGGGUUAAAAAAUCAUUUUCUCACUUACCUUAUUCCAGCACAGGAUUCCCUGAAGGGGAGCCUAAUGUGCAUGUGCAAUGAGCGCAGUGCACAUUAAGCGUUUCCUAUAGGGAAGCAUGGAAUCGUUGCUUUCCUAUAAAGGAUUUUACGACUCUGGAUGUCCUCAUGCAAUGCAAAACAGCAGGAAGCGCCUCAAGUGGUUGUUUGGUAGACAGCGACUAGAGGCAGUUUCUCUGAAUUGGCAGUGUGUUACAUUGCAGAGAUAAGGGGCACAGGGAAACUGCACCCAGACCACUUCAAUGAGAUGAAGUGGCCCGGGUGCCUAUAGUGUCCCUUUAAGCAUCACUACCAUUUUAAUUUGUAUGUUAUGCAUGUACAUGAUUGACUGAUUGCUGCAUAUGUCAGUGUUAUGUUAGUAACUUUUAGUCCUUUUCACUGGAUGGAGCUGAGCCGUAAACUAAAGAAUAUAGAAUAAUGGAGGCAAAAGGUUGGGAAUGUGCAGUGUAGCAUUAAAAUAAUGUAACAUUAACAUCAUGUAUUGUUAUGUUUAUCAAUCUUUCCUUCAUUUAGGUCACCCCUGACCAAAAUGCUAUAUUAGAUCACCAUCCACUGCACAAAAAUAUCACCAUUGGAGCGGGAUUUUCAGGUGAGAUGAAACAAUGCAAUAAAAUAUUGCCUUAAAAUGCAACUUGUUCCAGUGGUAAUGCCAUUUCAUUCUUUUACAAUAGGUCAUGGCUUCAAGCUAUCUCCUUUGAUUGGAAAGAUCUUGAGUGAGCUCUGCACCGGGGCACCGCCAUCCUACGAUCUGAAACCAUUUCAAAUCACUCGCUUCAAAUAACUUUCCUUUAACCAAUAGAAAUAAUACAUGUCUGUGUGUUAUUGUGGCUGAUCAGUCAUUGUGAAGAUGUUUGGAAUAUUGAAUCUGCAUUAACCAGAAUGUUUGUCAGGAUAUAUCUAAUUUCACACCGCGAUCAGUUGCUUAUUUUAUUGUAGAAUGGAAGACUAGGCAGGAAGUUAUUUGGAUCAUAUAAAAGAGAUUGAGGAGUAAACGAAAACAAGAACAAGGUUGACAAAGAUUAGGUUGAGUUGGGGAAACGACUUGUAGAGAGAUAAAGAGGACAAAAAGAAAAAGGAAAGCAGGCAACAAUGAUCUGAGUACAAAAGGUGGUAGAGUUUGAUGGAGGCAAGGUAAAAAAAAAAUGUGGACAAAAAGAUGGGAAGAAUCAGUAAAGGAAGACUUUGGGAAAAGGUGUAAGAAAAGGAGACAAAUGUAGGAAAAACUGUCAACAGAGUGCUAUAAAACUAUAUAUAGAAAAAACUAAUAGAGAAAGGGUGACAAGAUACACAAUGCUUAUAUAUAAUCCAAACAUUUUAUAUGUGGUAGAUACUGUGAUGAUGAUUUUAACAUAUCACAUAGUAAUAAAAGUAAUAGUAAUAAUAGUAAUAAUAGUAAUAGAUAGUAAUAUCUGGACUGUAUAAACCUCAUUAAGUGACCACAGGAAAGCAUACAGUUGAAGAGAGUAUAUUAAAGCAGUUUAUGUAGUAAGUUUUGUAGUUGUGUCCCAUGUUAUGUUUAGUGUAGGAUCCACCAAUCCUGUAAUACUAUGAUGUAGUGGUGAUCUUAAACACAAUAUAGAUAUGAUUAUAAUUAAGUCAAGUGAGUGUACGUAGACUUGAAAGAUUUCAUACUUUAUUAUAAUUUAGUCACACAUUAUUUUUGUCUGUGUACAUUUCCUUAACCCCUUAAGGACCAAACUUCUUUAAUAAAAGGGAAUCAUGACAUGUCACACAAGUCAUGUGUCCUUAAGGGGAGGGACACUAUAGGCACCCAGACUAUUUCAUCUCAUUGAAGUGGUUUUGGUGCAGUGCCCCUGUCCCCCUUAGUCCUGCAAUGCAGUGUUUACAUGGCAGUACUAAGACUGCCUUUUGUGGUUGUCUACCCGAGGAGGAUGUGCAGCAUCAGAUAAAAACCCAUAUGAAAGCAUGAGGAUCCCAUCGGAUAUCGGCACUGGAAUCGGGUAUGUGAACAAAGGGUUUGUUUUUUAACCCUUUAUGUGCCAGGGGGCACAACUACAACUUUGCAUUCCUAACACUAUAGUUUUGUUUUAAAUGGUCACACAUGAUCCCUAAAGCACUUUAGAUUGCUGAAAUCCUUUAUGUGUAAAGAGUGUGUUCUCUCUUUUCAUUUUACAAAGGUGAAGAUUUCAUCAGAAAUGCUCCUCCCCCCCCCCUCCCCAGACUGUCUUAGCUGUAGCUCAGUAAAGUUAAAUUCAACAGCUUUGCAAAGACUUCUCAUUGAGCUGCAUAAAGGAAGACUGUGAUUGGACAUCAAAAAAAAGUCUAGGUUGGGGAUCAAGGGGAGGGGUUACAAAGGAGAACUGCAGCUUUUGCGAGCUGUUUUUAGAUAUAUGCCAAUGAAAAAAUGCAUAAUUGGAUGCAUACAUGUUUUAAUUUGGGGCAUGUAUUCUAAACAGUGAUUUUAAUUUUUUCCUAUGUGGGCAGUGGAGUGUAUAACUUUAACGUGCUACUCCAACAUCCAUGACCAUGUCUUCUUUUAUAAGUGGUGCCUAUUGAGGGAGGAAUCUGGCUGUGCAGUGUUUCUGCCUGAACUCUGCUCUGUCAAUUCUGUGCAUAUGUUAUGUUUGUCAUCAGCACACAAUGCAGACUGGUGACAGCCUUUCUCUAAUUUCUAAUGUGUCCCCUCUCUGUUCUAUGUACACAAAAAUUCAAAAUACUCUCUGUGCAUUGCUCAUCUUUCCUCCUCAACCCAGGGUUCUGGUUUCUAACAAAAAACUGGUCUCUAGAACCUAUUAUUAUGGAUGAUAUCUGGUCUAACUAUUGAGCUGCGCCCUAACUGCCUUGUGUGCCUCAUCGGACUUGAACCAUCUGUCGUUAACUGCAAGGUUUUAAUGAAACCCCUUGUGUACACACAAAUCUAUCUAAAAAUUAUUCAUGGUUAGGGGAUAGCCACUAAACGUUGAUUUUAUUCAUAGAUCAAGCAAGAAAUGACCAAUAGAGGGGGGAAAACAAUAUUUGUAUAAUAUAUCUUUAAUAACUAUAUAAAUAUAUGAACAUUGAUUUUUCUUUAUGAUUUUCCUUUAUUGGUUACUUCUCGCUUGAUCUGUGGACCAAAUGUUGCAAAAAUCCACCUAUCAGUGUACAUCAAAAUAUAUACAUACAUAUUUAUAUUUUGCAGUACACUGAUUGGGUCAAUGUUCACACUCUAUUGGUUUGUCUGGGUUAUUUUUCCCAAUACGAUCCCAUGGGUGAAAUGCAUCUGAACCAGAUUGCUACAUGUAUAAAACCUGAAUUGCCCAAAAAGAAAACCGAAACAAAAUUCAGACAAUUCGAUUUGAACAAACCAUUUUUUUUUUUUUUUACAAUGCACACGUCUACUAGUAACCAGGGACUAUUCUUUUUAUACCAUGUGCAAGGGUUUAAAACAAUCUUAGCAAUCUAAUAAUGCUAAUUAAAGGACAUGUGUUAAAUUAUUAUAUACAAUAUUUGAUGAAACCCUACUGAUUAAUAAUAUAAAAUUGAAUAUUUACACAAAUAUUAGCAUAACACAUUGUUUUUAUGUUGUAUCUACACGGUUUUAGUUUUUUACUGUUUUGGUGAGAUGUCCAGUUUACUAUACGUGUGAUAGGGUUAACCAAACGUCUCUGUAAAACGUCUCUAUUAAAUGUUAUGUACACACUAAAUAAACUAAAUAUACAAGCAUUCUUGAAAUAUCCUGAUUCCAUGCACCUUCAUAUCAAUGAUGUCAUUAUGGCUGAUGUGAAAUUGAAUGUGUGCAUACAUAAACUGAUCUCAUCAAGAACAGGAAAUCUGUAGAACCAGAGCCACCAAAUAGCAGAAAUGCACGGCUACAACAAAAAGCUAUAAAUCUGCCGGAUGUCACCUAAAACACCAACUAAUUUGCCUUUCCCAAGCUUUUCAAAUAAAAUAUGUGCUUAAUAGGUGUAAUGUAGCUGUCAUCGCCCAACAUCAAGGUUUUUCAUGGCUGGAUAUAAAAAACAUAGCAAAUUUAACGACUACAGCACCUCUCCUGCAAAUUGUAAAUGUGUGUCCAUAAAAUUGUUUGUAUUAAUAGAAUAAAAUAAGAUGACCCACAUUCUGCAGCAGUGAUGAUUACAUUGUAUUUGUGAUGCAUGAGAGAAUGCCCAAACUGUAAUCUUCUGGGUCUGUAACAUUUUUUUAUGUAUGCAUCACAAGUAAUUCUCCCUGUGCAGUAUCAUAAAGCAUCUUGUCUAUUUUUAUGCUAUUAUCUAGUCGAUUCAGAGUAAAGCACUUACAUCUAUAGGAUCCUCUUGUCUAGGCACAAAUAUUAUAUAUUUUCCAAGUACACACUAGGUGCCGGGGAGACUUUGAUGAAUGUCAGAACGCAUUGUAAAAUAUGCUACAUAGCCUAAGAUGCUUGCUGGGAGUUAUUACGUUUUUGAAUUUAAAUGGUCAUUCCAAGCACUAUAACCACUUCAGUGUUCUGUAGUGGUCAUGAUAAAGAACACUGUAUGUGCUAUGUAACUCCACCUCCGGCCGCAUUAUUAGCCAUGCUGUUGUGGUUAUGAUUCUCAAAACAAUUCAUCAGUGGGAAAAAAUGAAUGCGAUACACUUGAAUAAGUAAAUGGAAUCUGCUACCAGCUAUUCAUUUGCUUGUGAGUUCUGAUUUAUGCAGAUAGUCAUUGAUUUGUUUUAGGAAUUAGUGACAAUGCAUAACAUGCAAUGAAGUGUCAAUGGCACAGAUUUAUAACGCGCAAAGUUAUUAACCUAAAAAAAAAAAAAAGGGUAUAACCACAUACACUGAUAAUAAACAACACUAUUUUACUUUAUAAAGUGGUUCAGAGACCAACAUCAAUUCAUCACGUAAGCAUUGGAGAGAAUAAAAGAAAUGGAUAAUAUAUAACGUAGUAUAUAUAAUAAUGAAAGAAUAUAUAACCAUAAAAAUAGUACUCACAAUGAGCAUAGAUCACAAUGACAAUGCCAUCGAGACAGGUCAAGGAUGGGAUUAUUCUGUAAAAUAUCCACUUCA